GCCAUCUUGGUCCGGUGUCGUCGUCCUCAGCGUUGACCUCACUGCUCUCCUCUCGCACAGGUGAGAUCUCGGUCAAAAUUCCAACAAAGUCAAUAUAAGUAUUUUUAUAAAGAUUCUAUCGUUAUGAAAUACUAAUUUUUUGGGGAGGGGGUGACAGUGUUGCUUUAAGGUAAAAGUAGCUGAAAUGGAAGCAUAGCUGACUGGGAGAAUUUUUCAAGUUUGGCUACUUUGGACUUUAGUUUUAAAUUCACUUGUAAUUGCAGCAAAUUCUCACUUUUAGUGAAUAACCCGGUGUUUAAUUAAAAGCAUCCCUACCGUAAAGAGACAUGUUUUCAUAAUGCGUUUAAAGGCACCCCUCACUUGCCGAAGGGGUUCCGUUACUAUGACUGGGUCGUAAACUGAAUUGGUCGGUAAGCGAGGAUGCCUCACACCAGCGUCACAUGCGUUAGAAAGCCGGUCUAUGUUUGGGAAAUUCGGUAAGUUAAUAUCUACUGAAGUAAUGAAAUUCUCGAGCGCAUGUCUUAAUACAACAUUUCUCCAUAGAAUCCCAAACUCACACGAGCGACCUCAAGUCAUAAUGGGAGUUGAAGUUGCCACAAAAGUGCAGUGUAGGUAAGUGUGUUAUGUACCUCCGUUGCAUUAUACGUCCCAGUAAACACUUACAUAGUAUUACUAGUGACAGAUCCUGUUUACAUGAACAUUUUCCAGUAUUAGUUGACUUUGACUAUGCAAGGAACCGAAAAUUUAAAGGAACAUUAGAAGCACCCAGUCCGCUUUAUCUCAUAGAAGUGGUCUGGUUGCAGUGUCUAUGUCCCCUUAACCCUGUAAUUGUAAUUAUAGCAGAUAUUGAGAAACUGCAAUAAUUACAUUGCAGGGUUCACUCCACCGCUAGUGGCGUUUCCGGGUCUUUAUGUGACUUUUGGUCUGCUAAAUGACGAUGAGCAUCCUCACACUCUGCAUGAGGACAUCCAGCAUCAGAUAAAACCUCAUAGGAAAGCAGUGAUUCAAUGCUUUUCCUAUGGGGAAGUCCUAAUGUGAUUUAUGGUGCUCGCGGCGCAUGCACAAUAUGUCCCCCCUCGCCUUGCACUAUAGUGCCCCCCUCGCUCGCAACUCCCCGCCCCCCCCCGCAGCGCACAAAGGGUUAAAAACCCUUAAUUCACUUACCUGAAUCCAGCGCCGAUGUCCCUCGGCACUGGGUCAGACUCUGCCUCUGUUCCCCCUCCCUCGAUGUCCAGAACUUAAUGAGCUAGCGCCGUGAUCGUAUUAGGACAUCCCUAAUUGAUUAAAUGCUUUCCUAUGGGGUUUUAACUGACGCUGGAUGUCCUCAUGCAUAGCGUAAGGACGUUUAACAUCAGGUGACCAAAAGUCCACUUAUUGACUCGGAAGCCCCUCUACUGGCUGUCUGGAAGACCCUGCAAUGUAAUUAUUGUAGCUUCUCAAUAACUGCAGUAAUUACAAUUGCAGGAUCAAACUGACAGAAACAGUGCACCCAGACCACUUCAAUGAGCUGUAGUGGCCUGGGUGCCUAUAGUGUCCCUUUACGUGGAGUAUUCUACUGUUUGUGUCAUAAAUAGAGUUUUAAAAGUAGUCUCACAGAAAAACAAGAUAUCUCCAUAUACCAUAUACUUUUACAUAUACUCACUAAAGCUUUGCAGCUGCAUAGACUCAUUUAAAAAGCAAAAGAAGGCAGUUUACUUUAAAACUAUAAUAAAAGUGUCUCUAAGCAUUUUAAAUUUGCUGCUUUAUAAGACUAUUGCUAUUAAAAACAGCACAAACAUUUUACAAUACACAUAAUAGCUGUCAUUCACGUCGUCACUAUGGAAAACUCUGUUAAAGUUCGACAAUCGAAAGGAUGCUGACUUGGUUCGUAUUACCCAUUACAUCUACCCAUUAAAUCUGUGUGUGGCCAGUUAUCCUUUAUCAGUGUUAAACUGCUAAAAAAUUGUUUCACACUGACAGGGGCGUACCCCGCACUUGUGUAAAUCAAUCUUUGACCGAGGGCUUGAGAUUUUUAGGGACUCACCCCCGUGAUAUAACUAUUAAAAAUCAGUGCUGCUCUAUUUAAAAAGAUUUUAUGGGGUGUGUAGGAGAGAUCGAGUAGACAAAAAAAGGCUAAUCUAGAGAGAAAGGAGUAGGGAAAAAAUAAGGUACCCACCAGCAUAACAAAAUCUUCGUCUUUUGGGCGCACAGCCAUAUUAAUGAGUGCCGCAAAUCAAACCCUAACAAGCAUAUACCUGCCAACUUUGCCUCAGUUGGAAUUGGGAUGGGGCCCGACUUCUAAGGGUAACUAGUGACAUAACUUGCGUCACUGGUGAUGUCCCAAAAUAGACCCACCAGGAAAAGCAGUUAAAGAAAAAAGCGUGGGGAGCCCAGAAACUCACAAAUCAUCUUUAUCUACACAAACACCCAUACAUCUCUCACACACACACUUCACAGAUACAUCCCAUACAUCUCCAACUCCCACUACCUUUAACCCUGCAAGUGUAAUUAUUGCAGUUUUCAUAAACUGCAAUAUUUACCUUGCAGGGUUAAGUCCUCCUCUAGUGGUUGUCUACUAUACAGCUACUAGAGGGCACUUCCGGCUUUAUAUUACACAAAAAGUGUGCUAUAACGACGCUGGACGUCGUCACGCUAUGUGAGGACCUCCAGCAUCGCUGAAAUCCCUAUAGGAAAGCAUUGAAAGUAUUAUUCAGUGCUUUCCUAUGGGGAGGUCUAAUGUGCGUGUGCGGCAUUGCCGUGCAUGAACAUUAGGUCUCCCCCGCCGCCUGCAACGCAUGCUCAAUAGGUCUCCCCUGCCGGAUGACGUCAGCGGGGGAGGAGCAUGGGCGACCCUGACCCAGCGCCGAGGGACAUCGGCGCUGGAUACAGGUAAGUCACUGGAGGGGUUUUAACCCCCUCGGCAACCUGGGAUGGGGGGUGGGAGGGAGAGGGGACCUGCAGUGCCAGGAAAACGGAUUGUUUUCCUGGCACUGGAGAAUCCCUUUAAAUCCUUUUGGAUACAUUUUAAUAGGUCCUUCUUUUUAGGGGUCAACAUAUAAUUCUAUGACAAUAACAGCAUAUUCAGAGAUACUUAAAGGGACACUAUAGUCACCAAGACCACUUCAGCUCAAUGAAGUGGUCUGAGUGCCAGGUUCCCCAGUUUUUAACCCUUCAGAUGUAAAUAUAGCAGUUUCAGAGAAACUGCUAUGUUUACAUUGCAGGGUUAAUCCAACCUCUAGUGGCUGUCUUUCCUGACUGCCGCUAGAGGCGCUUCUGCGACGCUGGAUGCAAAAUUCUCAUCCAGCGUGCAGAACGUCCAUAGGAAAGCAUUGAGAAAUGCUUUUCUAUGGAGUGUUGGAAUGCGCGCGCGGAUCUUUUCGCACAUGUGCAUUCCGCUCCACUCGGGAGUUGAUAAUCGCAGGGGAGGAGAGGUCCCCAGCGCAGAGGGAGCCGGCGCUGGAUAAAGGUAAGCUGCUGAAGAGGUUUUAACCCCUUCAGCGCCACGGGAGGGGGACCCUGAGGGUGAGGGUCCCCCAAGUAUCACAUAGUGUCAGGAAAUCGUGUUUGUUUUCCUGACACUAUAGUGAUAACCUUUAACCCCUUAAGGACCAAACUUCUGGAAUAAAAGGGAAUCAUGACAUGUCACACAUGUCAUGUGUCCUUAAGGGGUUAAAGGAAUACUAUAGGGUCAGGAAUACAAACAUUUAGGUGGGUUGCCCCCCCCCUCCUUCCACCCCCUUAACUCUCUUAAAAGGUAAUAAAACUAACUUUAUUUCCAGCUGCCUUAUAUUAAUUUUAUCCAUGAUGUAUGUGCACAACUUGGGCUGAACUCUCUCUCUUAAACUGAGCCUCAGGCCUCUUGGAAGAUUGCGGCACAAUGGCAAUAUAACUGCUAACAGUUUAUAUAGAGUGCCAUUCAUUCUUUGUUCUUCUGGGGGCAUAAAUUACUAUCCAUUAACCUUCUGGGUUUAUGGGACCAUAAUGAGACACCCCUGAUUGGGGUAGCAGCAGGCAGACACAACAAACUGUGCAUCUAAAGGGGAUUUUUUGUUAACUUGGAAAAUGUUUUUUUUCCCUCUAUUUAUUUAUUUAUUUAUUUAUAUCCAUCCAAAAUAGGCAGGAGCACUCACUUGUAAAAGUCAAAAAUUUAUUAGAAAAUUUAAAAAAACGAUCGUUUCAGUCCUGCAUAGAGGACUUUCAUCAGGAUCAAAGAUUAUAUAUAUAUAUAUAUAUCUAUAUCUAUAUCUAUAUAUAUAUAUAUAUAUAUAUAUAUAUAUAUAUAUAUAUAGAUGUAAAAAAACAGAUAAAAUUCUUAUCUUGUAAUACCUUUUUUAUUGGACUAACAGAAUUUUUUAAUGACAAGCUUUCGGGAGAACCUCCCUUUCUCAAGUCUGAAGCAUUUCUGAGCAAAACGACACAUAGAAUUCAAAGUUGAGUUGUGAUACAGGGGUUAAAGCGACAUGAGUGUAGAUAAGACACAGGUUUGUUAGAAAAUAUAUAUAUAUAUAUAUAUAUAUAUCUAUAUAUCUCUUAUAUUAUAUAUAAAAAAUAAGGCGGCAGACACAACCAAACGCUCUAUACCCCUAGGGUCACACCCAGUGGUGGAUCCAGAGCCUGAUCUCGGGAGAGGCACUUGUAGAUUAUUUAAAGAAAUAGCUCAGUGUAGUAGUUAUGGUGCCAGGAUCCCAUCCCAGAGUAAGUAGUCAAACGUUAAAACAGUUUGACAACCUACCUGGGGUCUGCUGGGAUAUAGGGCAUAGGAGCAGUAGUAUGUGUGAAAGGUGCAGUGUGUGUGUAUGGGGGCCCUGUAUGUGUGUACGGGGGGGUCGUGUGUGUGUGGGGCAAUGUGUGUAUGGGGAGGCAGCAGUGUGUGGGGGGCACUGUAUGUGUCUAUGGGACAAUGUGUGUAUGGGUGUACAAUGUAUGUGUGGGGGGCACUGUGUGUAUGGGAGGGCGGCACUGUAUGUGUCUGUGGGACAAUGUGUGUAUGGGAGGGCAGCAGUGUGUGUGGGGCAAUGUGUCUAUGGGUGGGCAGUGUGUGGGGGGCAAUGUGUCUAUGGGUGGGCAGUGUGUGGGGGGCAGUGUGUAUGGGAGGGCAGUGUGUGUGUGUGUAUGGGGCGAGGGGGAAGAAGAGUAGGGAGGCUUUAUAAUAAUUUUCAAAAAAAAAUUAUUUAACAAAAUAAACAUAUUUAUGUCCCCCCUCCCUUCUUACCUUUACUGAGGGAGGAGGGGGGACAUUUCUCCAUCCCUGGUGGUCCGGUGGGGAUUCCCUGGUGGUUCCAGUGGUGGUGAGGUGAACGCUAGCCUGUAGCUCGUGAGAUCCGGAGUGUUGCCGUGGUAACCGCAGCAAUGCUUCGUGCUCGCGAGAGUAGGACCUGGAGGAGCUGCAGGCUGAGCUCCCGGGUCCUCUCUCCACUGGCGAAUCAGGCUUUCUCCCUCCCUCCGCUGCCUGCACGAUGCCUGCAGACCAGGGAGGGAGAUCUCUGAUCUCCCUCCCCGGUUCGCAGGCACAUUGCAGGGCUGGCACUUGGACAAUGCCAGCCCUGCAUUAGCCGGCAGGGGAGAAUCUCGGGGGGGGCAAUUGCCCCGUUGCCCCCCCUCCCCUGGAUCUGCCAGUGGUCACACCAUUAUGUAAGCUCGUUUGAGCAGGGUCCUCUUUUAUUCCUGUAAGUUUUCUUGUAAUUGUCCUAUUUAUAGUUACAUCCCCCCUCUCAUAAUAUUGUAAAGCGCUACGGAAUCUGUUGGCGCUAUAUAAAUGGCAAUAAUAAUAACCUACAUGGGACGUCGAUCUGCACACAAAACGUGUCGACCUUCCUUAAUAUUAUUCCAAGUCUCCUGUCUUGAGACUACUUUGACAUUGCAUUUUAUUUGUCUGUUGAAUGAUUUGAACCUCUUACGUAACCUUUAUCUGUCUGAGUGAAUAUAAAUAGUCUAUUCUUGUGUCGCGCUAUGUGCAUUUCACAAUGUACGGAACAAUCACUGUCGCAUGCAUGACAUACAUUGUGACUGUCCAGCUCAACAUUGUUUACUGUAACAAAAAAAUCUAAACUAAAGAAUUAAGAAAAAAAUACAGAUUGACCCCCAAACAGUUUCUUUUAAAAGCAACUUUGUUAACCCCUUUAUGGUAACUGAUAUUUUGAAUCUGUUUUAGCGAUCAUUCAUACAGGAACACCCCAAGACAAAACUAUCCAGAACUUAAAUAAUGCUUAAUUAAACAACACCAGCACCUAUUUAAUAGAUCAUUAAAAUACAUGUCCUACUUCUUGUGACACCAAGAGUGCAAUGUGAACACAACAACAAACACUUUCGCUCAUGGCAGGCCACGUCUGCACAUGUGAAUUUCCACAUUUAUUUAUGCACAGUCACAGGGAUGAAACGCACUCAGUCACUUGUAAAAGCUGUUUGGAUUUGACCGAUUUUUACCUUCAAACAAAGUAAUUCCCGUUUUGUUUUAUGGUGUCUUUGAACUGCGUCAGAAUUUCUGUGAAAUUCCAACGCAGUCCGUAUGUGUAUUUCAUAAAGAAGUGGCAGAGCCAUAGAUAUUGUUGCUGGUUGCUGCUGCACUGGCUCAUUUUUUAGAUCUUUACUAAGCAGUGUUAAUUUUCUUGACGAACAAUUUUAGUCCGCUUUAGUAGAUUUAGUAGACUAAAACUAAAACAAUUCAGAUGACUAAAAUACGAUUAAAACUAAAAUGACUUUUUAGUCAAAAGACUAUGACUAAAGCUAAAUUGCAAUUUGCCCCCAAAAUUAACACUGCACAGAGGGGCUAUGGAAAGGGCAAAAGAGACAGACCAGGACUUGGGAGAGAGACACCUACAGUGGCUGGGAGGACUCAGAGACACAGAGGGGCUGGGAAAGGGGUAAAAGAUAAACAGAGGCUUUAACUAAAUCUGUUAGAUUUUAGUCAUGUCAACUAAAAUCUACUGGAUACUUGAAAUUUGCUGGCUGGGAAAGGGGCAAAAGAGACAGACCUGUGCUUGGGGGGUAUGGGAGAGACACCCUAAACGGGUUGGGGGACACACAAAAGGGUUUGUAAGUGGCAAAAGAGACAGACCGGGGCUUGUGAGAGAGACACCUAGAGGGGCUGAGGGAGCACAAAGAGACACAGAGUGGCUGAGGAAGGGGCGAAAGGUAGACAGAGGCUUUAACUAAACCCAUUUAGUUGUCAACUAAAACAAUUCAGAUGACUAAAAUACGACUAAAACUAAAAUGGCUUUUUAGUCAAAAGACUAUGACUAAAGCUAAAUUGAAAUUUGCUGCCAAAAUUAACAAUGCUACGAAGAAGCCAAUUAGGGUUCGUGAUGACCUGCAUGACAUGUUCCUACCCGGCAGGCGCACACCAGAGAUUUUUCUAUGUAUGGGCGAGGGAAACAAACUUCUCUCUGACGUGAAUGAGGGAGUGGGUUUAUAAGUGCAGGGUGAUGAGGACAGGUGUCCUCCUAGCAUCAUAACUUACAUAUUUUGUUUGGCAUGUUCCUUUAUUUUUCCAGGUAAUUCACUGGCAAUUUUACUAGUUAAGUGCAUACGUUAAAUUCUACUACAUGACCUGUUCACUUUAACUACUAAAUUUGGCACUGAAGGGGUUAAACUACGAAGAACCGGUUCUACAGAAAAGAGUGUACGAAUCUGGCAUAUGAGGCAUGUUUAAGGCUUGCACAGGUUACGGUAAUUGACGUAGAAUAUAUUUUUACCUGUGACUGACAGGUAGAUAAACCAGGUAACUGGAAGUCAGGGUGAAAGUGAGCCAAGGGUGUUCUCAGUUGUUACACCUAACCUGCCUUCACUUUAGCCAAACAACCUGGCAACAAUUAUAAAUCUAUACCGUCUGACCAGUUUUUUUAGAUGUGCAGAUGAACAUCAGAUGUUCUUUUUCUUGAAUUUUUUUUUUUAAUGAAUUUUUUUUUCUUCUUGUUUUGCCCUGCGCUUGUCCUGUAUGGGUAACCAUUAGACCAUCAAGGCUGCUUGGCAAGUUCCCAACGUAUUUUGGGGGAACCUGGUGUUUUGAUAGGUGGCCAUGUAAAUAUAACUUUGCGUGCUCAUAUCAGCGGAUCACACUCCUGGCAGUGAUUUUAGUUCCACUUGCAGACUUUGAGCAGAAUGCCUGCAGUUGAUUUUUUUUAUUUAUGGUCUUUUGAAAGAGCAUAACAUUAAAUCUAUACAUCGUGCUAGCAGUUUUGCCAGUGAAUAUAUAAGUUGGGAGAAAAACCUGUUUAAAAAUAGUUUUUUUCCCCCAGUUGUCAGUCAGUCCAUGCCGAGGCUGCCCACAGGAGGUCCUUCUGCUGUCUGCUAUGUAAACUCUCUAGCCUAGAAAAGUAAAGGGUGCUGAGUGACGUGACAUCACCCUGUGCCAACGCGGUCAUGCCAGUGCCGUGCCAACGUCACUGCCAACGCAUCCCAAGGCAGGGCAAAUUAAAGAAGAGUGGAGGAUGGUGGGAGAUGGCUAUUACACGAAGAGAAAUACCCAAAAGGCGGCGAUGGAACGGAGGAGAGGUGAAUAAAUCUCUAUAUUUUACAUUGAAUACAUCACGUAUUUUUGUAAUAUACAAUGUAUUCAAUGUAUAUGGGAACAUUUAGGGUAAGUUUAAAUUUUCACUGCAGGUUCACUUUAACAGUUCACGUGUAUAUACACCCAUUGGAACAAUGGACUCUGGUUCUGCUCCAGCCUCUUAGGCUUGUUAUUAUUCCUAUUAUUUAUAUAGUGCGAGCAUAUUCCGUAGUGCUGUACAGUUAUACAAAGUGGAUAUUUACAGCUGUGCAAAUGCAUUUGAGUUGAAAGUAUUUAUAAAAGAUGAGACUUCUAAGUUCAAUUCCCCGUGGGUUGUAAAUCUAUCUCCGAGACACGGUGUACUGGAAAUGUUUGAUUGCAUUCGGUGUUAGAGUUUACAAUGUGGUAUCGCUCCAUCCCAAGCUGCCUCCUUGUGAUCUUACAGCAUGACGAUACCAUAAAGUCAGCACUUUGAAACCAGCAGGGCUGCAUAAUAGAGCUAUUUACUACAGAGAACAUCACUACUGUGUGGGGUACGUUAAGAGCACAUAACACAGUAACCCAAUGUUAGGAUUAGAGGGUCUUAGAGUGCUCCUGCUGUGAAUAAAAACUCUUUUAUGAUGCUUACUGUGAUUGACUGAGGAUUGGGGGGGGGGGCUAGGGUCCACUGCUUCUUCAACUCGGGUAACUCUUAAGCCUGCACUGCAACUCUUAUUUUAGUCUUUAUAUUAUCUUUUUUCUCUUAAGUUGCUUUUUAUUGAUCAACAUCAAGUUUCAUCAUAAUAUCAGGAUAAAAUAUAUAUGUUUAAAGCAAAAUACAGCAUACUCAUAACAGUAAUAAAGUGUACAAGUAUCGUAGAUCUUACAAAAUAUUUCAUAGAAUCAAGCGAUAGUUAAAGAUAAGCUAGUAGGUAUACUACAAGUGUAUAUUGUGAAUGAUAAAAGUAAUGCAAAGUAAUGAACAUGCUUGAGAAAGAAAGAGUAAGAUGAUAUUAAGUAGAAAGACAGGUACCAAUUGUGGUGGUUAUAGUCACCAAAACAAUAUUGGCUUAAUGGAGCAGUUUUUUGUGUAUAGAUCAUGCUCAUGCAUCCUCCCUGCUCAGUUCUCUGCCAUUUAGGAGUUAAAACACUUUUGCUUAUGUUUAUGCAGCCCUAGCCGCACCUCCCCUGGCUGUGACUGACACAGCCUGCAUGAAAAUAGAAUGGUUUCAUUUUCAAUCCGAUGUAACUUAGUUUAAAAGUUUUUAUCUUCUGCUCUGUAAUUUGAACUUUAAUUACAUACAGGAGGCUACUGCAGGACUGAACAAGCUGUUAACAUAGCAGCAGAUAAUGAAUUCUAAAUUAAACAAAAUUUGCAAUAAAGGAAGGGUAAACAUUAGAUGAAUGUUUACAGGAAGUGUUCCGGAAGGCUGUGUAAGUCACAUGCAGGGAGGUGUGACUAGGGCUGCAUAGACAAAGUGAUUUAACUCCUAAAUGGCAGAGAAUUAAGCAGUGAGACUGCAGAGGUAUUAUCUAUACACCAAAACUGCUUCAUUACGCUGAACUUGUUUUGGUGACUCUUCUGUCCCUUUAACUAGUGUAUUACCAGUGUAAGGGAUCUAAAACAUGAUUACAUUUUAAUUAGUAAGUGUACUGCCUAAUUUCAGGAUGGUCAGAGAGGGGUGAUGGGUAUUGUAGUUUCCAUUAGGGGAAUGCUAUCCAUUUAAGGCCCCGGUUAACCAACAUGCACUGUCCAGAGUCCACAUGUAUGGAAUCAAGACGACCAUUCAGGGGAUUUGCUUUUCAUUGUUGGUACCGUGACACAGCACUGUAAAUGAGAAGCCCGAUAUGUGGGGCUUUUAGGUACCUUGAGAGCUACCUAAUAGAUUUACUUUUAUAAAUAUUGGUUUGUUGAUGGUGUCAGACCCUUUGUGACAGUGAUCUAAUUCAGAGUCUGAGUCUUGGGAUGAAGUGGCUGCUCCCUUGAAGGAGGCCCAGGGGAAAAAAUGGGUAACUCUCCAUUUGGCUAUUGCCCUCCAGACACACAAACAGUUAUUCCUGAAAGCUUUAAAGGAUCAAUGACCUGGAGAUCUCCUGCUUCAUUUUCCCACAGCGUAAAGAAGAGGCUUGUGCCACCCUAAACGGUGGAGUUUGCCAUAGAAGGAAUAUAUUCUGUUUUAAAUUCAGCUGAUCCAAACUAUGCUCGGCCCACCCAUGGGCCUUGGCUGCCCCCAUCAAGACCUUACACCACUGCAACGGUACAUUCCCGCACAAGAAAUGGAACGAGAAGGGCAUUACACAUCUAUACCAUCUCUACACAACUGAAGGUCUAAAACCCUUUCCAGACCUACAAACAGAGUACAAACUUCCCUCGAACUUCACGUUCACUUACCUCCAAAUAAAAGCGCUACUCCCAUAAAACCCGGUCAGUACAAGAAAACAGACUCUACAAGCCUCGGUAACAAAGUUUGAAUUGCAAUGCAUAGCGACGACACCCCCAAAGAAAACACUGUCAGGUUGUUACUACCUCCUAGUGAACCCCAAAUUGGAAUUAGAAGUUGACUGGAAGUUCAUGAGAGAAUGGCAAAGAGAUGUCCAGAGACAAAUAACCCCGCAAGAAUGGGAGACAAUCUUCACGGCACACGUAGGACUGACCACCUGUGCUACCCACUUCGAGACAGCACGAAAAAUACUCUAAGUGGUACAUGGUACCUUCCCGUCUACAUUCCAUAUACCCUAACACAACGGACAUAUGUUGGCACUGUAAUUCACAAGCAGGCACUAUGCUCCAUAUGUGGUGGUCCUGCGAGACCGUAAACAAGCUUUGGAAAACCAACGAACACCUGAUCCGAGACAUCACAGAUUACACCCUACCACACGACCCAGCAGCAGUGCUUCUCAAGUUAUUUCCAGAUAACAUCCCCAAACCAAUACGGAAAAUUAUAUUCCUUAUACUCAGCACAGUGUCCACCCUGAUAGCCAGGAACUGGAAGACCCCCAUUCUUCCUUCAGUCUCAGAAAUCACGACCCUAAUGUCUGCAACAGUAGACUACGAACUCCUUAUGUGGAACCAAAUGAACAUAGGGAACCUAAGCCCAACCAUUGCCGAGAUGUGGAGAAACCACCUACAAAAGUCAACAACACCUAAACAAAACAGCACAGCCUAAUGCGACACAAGGCUAACAUGACCAAGAAUAAUGUUACCAAAUCAGACCCCAACUAGGUCUAACAUCCCACCAGAGCACCUUGACAAACACAAUAACGCUUCCUGGUACCGCACCAAAUACCCCCUUGUUACCCCAUCCACACACCUUCCCCAAGCUCCCCCCCCCCGCCUCCUCCACCCACUCUGACACCCUAGACAAGGAUGUCCUGGUAGAGCUACAUAUUUCAGCUACUAGCCACAGAUCAUCCCACGACCACAGCCAUCUCGCAAACCUUGCUUGAACCAACAAAGACAAAACACUCAACAGAUACUGAGCAACGAGACCCCCAAACCGACCCACGGUCAGAACACAAAUACAAGACAGUUCACAGGCCCCCCAAUACUAACAGACAUGUUAACCACUGACCGUUUGAAUCACGCAAAGGAACCCCCCCCCCCCACAUAACUUACGGUCCCUAAUGUGUUACAGCCCCCGACCCAAAAGCACUGCAAUAUGUGUAAAAAUUUAUGUAUUACUUACAAACAGGGUCAGGAUGCACAAUUUCGUAUUGUCCCCCUCCCCUUUUGCCUUCUGUACCCCAUACUACUUGAAAAUAAUAAAGAACAAGUUAUAAAAAAUAAAUUCAGCUGAUCCAGGGGCCACUGGCCAAGAAGUCAUCUUCUCCAAUACUCCAUACUCCCAUGCACACCUGUCCACAUAGAGCUACAUCCUUUUGUACAUAGACACAAUCACACAAAGUUGCAUGCACUGUACAUACACUGCUAUACAUUCUUAUAUACUUCUAUACAUACACACUGCUGGGACUUUAAUAUUGUGGCUGGCUGGACCACACAGCUCAAACAGAUACUGUUACCUAGUCAAUAAAACUUUGUUUAAACCCCUGUAAACAUGUCCCCUGCAGCCCACGAUAUAAAGAGCUUUGCAUGGGAAUUGGACACUCCUCUGUAUUUUGAGACUGCCCCAGUUAUACUAGGAAUGAUGGCUGCAGGCUACAUAAAGUAUUUUGAGAGGCUGGAAAUGGCCUGGCUGUGCCGGUUCUUUGAAACUCCUGAUACAGUAAAAAGGGUCACAACGAAGGUAGGUGGGCUUGGCUAAGACGUGGUUGGAACUCAGUGCCUUAACCCCUGCCAAGUAAUAGUGCCUUGCCCAACUUUAAACCUGGAGAGUCUGGGCCAAACCUGUCAGGUCUUGUACAGAGCACAUUUUCUCCCUUUAGGAGAUUUACAAAUUCUCUAGGUUUAAAUGAACUUUGUUCUCUAGGAUUAGUUAGAAUUGUUACGCACAGGAUUCUGCACAGAGAAGGAAUGCAAAUGUGGGUCAUUAUAGUUGUGUAACUGACAAACUGCAUUAUCAUCAGUAGGUCAAAGUCCUUAAUACGUAUUUAAACAUGCUCCGAGGAGUAAUUCUGAGAUUUACCAAGAGCGAUGAUAUAACACAUCACAGGCCUCUGUUUUAUGUUUUUGAUCAAUACAAUCUAGCACACAAUUUUGAAUUUGAUGUUCACCAUUAAACCGCUUUAUUGUGUGUGUUAAUAUUACUUUUUUUAUUCUUAAUUUUCAAAAAGCUGAGUGUCACAGGAACAUUUAUAUUCAUAUAUGUUAUACACCGACGAAUCAAGAAGUUUACAUUGAUCAACACAUAAAAUCACUGAACUGUGCCUCAAAGCCAGAUUUCUAUCGAGAUGUAAGAACAUAGGAAAAACAUAGUUAUAAAUAUUCUUGGUAUCGUUUUUGACAGUAAAAAAAAUAUAACUACACAAGUCUAAACUCAGAAGGUAGCUAAGAGAGAAAAAUCAGACAGGAGGAAAAAAUAGAGACAAAUGAUUGGGGGGGGGGGUGUGCUGUGGUAGGCUGUAGGUGGUUUUCGUUCCAUAAAACAACCAGCCUCACAUUAAUUUGUAAAUUUGCCAUUUCCAUCAUGUUUUAUUAAAGAAACAUGAGCAGUCAACAUAUGAGAUAUGUAUCCUGGACCUUAAACAUUAUUAUUAUUAUGUUAUUUAUGUAGCACCAUCAAAUUCCGCAGCGCUUUACAAUGGGUGGACGAACAGACAUGUAGUUGUAACCAGACAAGUUGGACACACAGGAACAGAGGGGUUGAGGGCCCUGCUCAAUGAGCUUACAUGCUAGAGGGAGUGGGGUAAAGUGACACAAAAAGGUAAGGAAAGAUAAACAUUACUUCAGCCAUACAAGGAAUCUCUGCCUUUAGUCAAGCCCUACGGGCUGCUAAGGAAAUCUUGUUAAUAAGCCGUUCUCCAUAUCCCAAGGCUUGCACAGCAAGGAUCCAAGUGCACAGAUGUACCAUAUACUUGAGACAGCAAGCCCUGAACCCAAUCCAGAAAUGCUCUAUAUUAGGUCAGAACCACCACAUGUGUGAUUAUAUUCCUUGAUUUCACCAACAAGUGUCCGUGAAAACUUUUCUCAAAUUUUAUAGCUGUACAGGCGUAGUGUACCACCAGAAAAGGGUUUUAAACAACUGCUCCUGCAUAAUAACAUACAUGGGAGACCUGGAACACACCUCCCAUAUCUCUAUUGGACAUAUUUUUGCUCUCCCUGUUUUGGGGAGCUGGAACACAAAUUACCAUAUAUAGUUGUGAUAAGACCCUUUUCCUGUGACUCAACAGAACAUCGUGUUUCAAACAUGGUGAGGGGAAACAAUGCUGCCUCUUUAACUUUCGCUCUAUGGGCGAAAUCAUUGGUUUUGCAAAAACCUUAAAAAGUCUCUAUUGAAAAGGGAUAAAGAAGCUUAUAACUCCGGGAAUGUAAUUGGACUAUUGUCUCGUUUUUAAAUCCGUGUAUAUUUGAAUCCCUUCACAUUCUCUUCUGAAAUAUCUGGGUUUCAUGUCGGGCAGAAGGGAGCGGUUCCUUAAUAUAGGGAUCAAGAGAGAGGGUCCAGGGAAUAAUUUCUGCAGAUAUCCCACACCUGUAUCAAAUUUAAAAUGGCAGUUCAUGAUGUCUUUAGGUACGCCCUGUUGCCUUAGGAUAUUUCUAUAAAGAACGGAGACAAGUCUUGACUCAAAAUAAGAGACUCUAGGUCCGCCAAGCAUCUGGUGUCUGCAGGGGAGUGGCGUAUGACCACUUGGGCCAUUUGUUCUUCCAAAAAGUUGAGAUAAAGAUGCAUUAUCUUAAGCCUCCCACUGGUUUGGGCCAAUACAAGAGGCAAUUCAUAUAAAACUUUCAUAUUCCAAAUAAUAUUGUAAGUUGCUUACUGCAUAUGAGCCCGAUUUUUAUUUUUUUUGUUACCCUUGUCUGGAGUCCCUAGAAGCAUAUUAAUUUUCACCGCAUGUAUCCAGGAAACAAGUUUGUCUAUCCAAUUAUCUAAAAUACAGAUUAAGGAACAGACCACACACAAAAAUAAAAUUUUACAUUUUGAAAUAUUUUUUUAAAUGUAAUCUAUCUUGGCAUGCAAUUCCACCAUAUGACACCAUAAGAAUAUUUAUAUUGAUACAGAGCAGAUUUACUUUAUGUAUUGUUCAUACAUACGUAAUAGCACUGUCACUUUAAUUAUUUAGCUAUGGCAAUUAAAAAAAAAAAAUAGUUUUUAUUCACAUGCUUUGAGUGAUAUACAUUAACAAUGCACCUACAAUGGACUAAUUAAACGCACUUUAGUUUGUUAUAUUGUGUGCCUCUCUGAGACUGUUUAGUCGAAGCGCGUUGUUGAGAGGGGCCAGCCAGUGGUGAGAAACUAAAUAUCAGCUUUGCUCUUUCUGCACGUUAAUUCUGGCACAGUCCUGCUUUUAUUGUUUUUGAUUGAAUUUUAUACUGGAAUAAAAAUAACCUUUGGAGCUACCUGCUGGUACCUGGUUCCUGUUUACCUUUCCUGGCUGUCAGAGUCCUGAAAGGCACACUAAUAUGCUGUAUUCACAGAGCUUGUACAUGGCUCUGGACCAUGUGAGUGGUUCUACUUCUAAGCCUAUUUUACUAUAUUGUUAUAUGUCUGCUACAUUAUGAGAUCUCUCUGUUUCUCUCUUUUUUUUUUUUAUUAAAGGACCACUAUAGGCACCCAGACCACUUCAGCUCAAUGAAGAGGUCUGGGUCCCAGGUCCCUCUAGUUUUAACCCUGCAGCUGAAAAUGUAGUUUCACUGAGGGGUAAUCCAGCCUCUAGUGGCUGUUUCACUGACCGCCGCUAGAAGCGCUUCUGCAAUUCUCACUGUGAAAAUCACAGUGAGAAGACGCUGGACGUCCACAGGAAAGCUUUCCUGUGGGCGGUUUGAAUGCGCGCGCGCAUCUCUUGCCGCACAUGGGCAUUCGGAUCUGACGUCGGCAGGGGGAGGAGAGGGUGGGGGGGGGGACCUAAUGACCCUAUAGUGCCAGGAAAAAGAGUUUGUUUUCCUGGCACUAUAGUGGUCCUCUAAUGUCUCGCUGCUCAAUAAUUCCUAUUGUUACUAAAAACUUGGAGACCACAUGACUGUGUUGUAACAUCCAGUGACACAUGAAGAAAAGGUACCAGCAGAAUUAAACUCUGCUGGUACCAAGGAGCGCCAGGUAACUUUCCAUACCUGGAGGUCCUCUGUCAGCUGGGGCCACAGUUAGCACCAAUGCGACUGCUUCAGUUGGCUGUCAGGCUCCCCACUCCAUCCCUUUUCUACCUGUUUGCCUGUUGGUACAAUGUUUAAUCUCUUGUUUGAUAAUGUACUGUUGUACAGCUCAGCUGAAAAUGUUUUGCACUUUAAAAUGAAAGUAAUUCUAAUAAUAUGCAGAAAGGGCUGCCGUUUCCUACAAAUAGAUAUAUCACACACUAAAACCAUAUACUUCUAUUUAAAAAAAAAUUAAAAAAUAAACAUUUCUCACAAUUUCUGUUUCAUUUUCAACUACACACCUCAUACCACUAACAUGAAUCCUAAUAUAACCAUACUGUUAUUCUUAAUAACCCUUUUCUCAAUCCAAUUUUGUUCACACCACUACCAGCAUAAGCACGCACCUCAAACUGGAACACCAAUUAUCAUACACCAUGGCCUGCUCUGUUCCUUUAACUUAUCUGCUGAGUGCUGGUGGAGAGUUAUAAAAAAUAGCCCUCCUACCCCCAACUCACAAAAUUAUAAAUUAUCCCAUUCACUAUAUGGCCAAACAAAGAUGAUGUCCAAAUUCCUACUCCUUAUGUUACUUGCCCUUGCAAAUGAUGUGGAGUCUAACCCUGGUCCCCCAGCUAAUUCUAGUCCUAAUCUCCCCACUAAAAAAGGCCUCUCUUUUGUGCACUGCAACAUCCAUAGUUUACUCCCUAAACUGGAUGCACUGCAAGCCUGGUGUUCCCAUUACAAACCAAAAGUCAUUGUGCUCUCAGAAUCAUGGUUAACGGCUAAAAUACCAGACACCGCCAUUGCAAUACAGGGUUAUUCAUGUUUUAGAAAUGACAGAGCAAAGAGAGGAGGAGGCAUUGUUAUUUAUGUUGACAAUUCCAUAAAGUUUACCCCUUUACAAAACCUUAGUCCUCCUGCCAUCUUUGAUUUCCUUUCUGUCAAAAUUGAGAUCCCGUGCAGUAAAUCAAUCAUUGUUGCAGGAAUCUACCGCCCACCUAGCUCCCCUGUGCAUUCCCUAUCUGACAUAGCCCAUCUCCUUAGUGAAACCAUAGCUCAAAACCCAAAAAGUGAACUGUUGGUCUUUGGAGAUUUUAAUAUUGAUUGGCUGAACCCUAAAAAUAAUAGUUCUUGCACGCUGUUUAAGACUUUGCAGCUAACGCAAUUAAUCUCCUCCCCAACUCGCAUAAACAUAAAAAGCCAUAACCAUACCCUGCUAGAUUGGAUUCUCUCCACUUCUCCUGAUAGAAUCCAGGAGGCUGGUGUUCUCCCAAACACGUUCAGUGAUCACUGUUUAGUGUACUGCGUGCGCAAAAUAAAGGCUAUUAAAUCCUCUCCCAAGGUUAAAAUAACUAGGUCCUUCAAAAGAUUUAAUCUUGAAUCCUUUUUAAAUGACAUCAAGAAUCUCCCAUGGCACAGAUUAAACAUUAUCCCAGAUCUAGACUGUGCUGUUGAAUACUUUCAGUCUGAACUCCUACAAAUUUGGAAUUUGCAUGCCCCGCUGCGUAAGGUGAGGGUAAAAGGAGCGCAUAUGAACUGGAUCACAGCUGACCUCAUCCAAAUGUACCAGUUUCGGGAUUCUUUGUGGUCAAAAUUUAAGCGUACUGGCUCUAUGAAUGAUCACGGUGCAUAUAGACAAUGGCGAAAUAUAUGCACAAAACAGACAAAACUGGCCAAGGCCCAAUAUUUCUAUGAAAAUCUGAACAGUAACAUCUCAAACCCUAGAAACUUUUGGAAAGUCAUAAAUAAACUACAAACUCCCCCAAUCCACUCCCAACCCUCCACUGUCAAAGUGGGUAACCAAACCCUGCAACUUCCCUUAGAUGUAGCAAAUGCCUUUAACAAUUAUUUUGUCGGAUGCUCUACUGCCCUGAUUGCCAAGCUAAUAAAUGACACGCAUCCUGAAACUACAAAUGUGGAUCAGGCCCCACUAAAUUUGCAAAGGCCCAAUAUAGAUAAGUUUAAUUUUAGACCUGUACCUGUUAGUGUCAUUAAAAAACAUCUUAAUAAUCUAAAAAUGAAAAACCAGUCCGGACCUGAUCAAAUCCCAGCAAUGCUGUUGAAGCUCAGUGCGCCGGCAAUUGCUAAACCCGUCUCAACUCUAAUUAACGAAUCAUUGGUGUCUGGAUACAUACCCAAACUUUGGAAGACUGCGAGAGUAGUGCCUAUCCAUAAAAGUGGUGACACUACUUUGGUUUCUAACUAUCGCCCAAUAUCAUUGCUCCCUGUAUUGUCAAAAAUCUUAGAAAAAUGUGUCCAUACGCAACUUUGUGAGUACUACCAACAAUUAAACUAUCUGACCCCUGAUCAAUCGGGCUUUCGCCAGAAUCACUCCACUACAACUGCCCUCCUAAAAGUUUGCAAUGACAUCCAAACUGGCAUGGAACAAGGAGCCCUAACUGGAGCUAUUUUCCUUGAUUUUGCUAAGGCCUUUGACACAGUAGACCACGACAUUCUACUGCACAAACUCGAAAACUCAGGUAUUGGUGAUCAUUCUUUAAACUGGUUUCGAUCGUAUGUAUCGGAUCGCUCGCAAUAUGUGUCCAUUUCUGACAGUGACUCCCUCCCUCUCCCAGUCACGUGUGGUGUUCCCCAGGGUUCCAUUCUCGGCCCCCUACUAUUUACAUUAUUUAUAAAUGAUCUGCCUAAUGUCUGCCAAUCCUCAAAUGUACACAUGUACGCAGAUGACACGGUAAUCUAUGCGAGCAAAUCCAAUCUACCUCAACUUGAGGCUUUGCUCCAAGACCAGUUUACAGAGGUAGAAAAGUGGAUCGUAAAAAACAAACUCUUCCUGAACACUGACAAAACUGUCACAAUGAUCUUUGGAACGGUACCUAAAUUACACAAAUUACACAAUUCCCACCUAUCCAUCAAAACAAAUUCAAAUGGCACACUGACCGCAGUCCACUCUUUCAAAUACUUGGGUAUGAUAUUAGACCCCAAUCUAUCUUUUAGCCUGCACAUAGAAAAGCUUGCAUCUAAACUUUAUCCAAAAUUAGGUGCCCUGUACAGAAACAAAGCCUGCCUAAGCCCUACAGUAAAGGAAAAGAUUGUACAGCAAAUGCUGAUGCCAAUCAUUGAUUAUGGGGAUGUAGUAUAUGCAUCUGCAUCGCAAUCCCACAUUAAUAAACUCAACACAUUGUAUAACUCAUUCUGCAGAUUUGUGCUACAAUGUAAUUACAGGACCCAUCAUUGUGACAUGCUAAAGGAACUAAACUGGCUGUCGCUGGAAUCCAGACGCACCCUUCAUCUUUCCAGCCUUGUUUUUAAGAGCUUUUCUGGGAAACUCCCACCCUACCUGAACAAAAUGCUUUCCCCAGCUGUUCCCACUUUCUAUAAGCUCCGAUCCAGUACAAGCACUUUACUUAGUCUACCUCAAUACAAAAAGAAAGCGGCCCGAUCCUCCUUCUCCUACAGAGCACCGCAAUUGUGGAACGACCUCCCGCACAAUUUAAAAUCUUCCCUAAGCCUAAAGUCAUUUAAGAGAUCCCUCUCUACAUACCUCAAAACAGAAUGCACGUGUCAUGGUUGAUUAUAUAUUUCCUGCCUGUUCUAUGUUAAAUUUUGUAUAUAUUGUGUAUUAAUAUUGUUUUUGUAUUUUGUUGUACCUAAUGUAACAAUGCAAUGAUUUGUGGACCCAGGACAUACUUGAAAACGAGAGAAAUCUCAAUGUAUCUUUCCUGGUAAAAUAUUUUAUAAAUAAUAAAUAAUAAUAAUAAUAAUAUGGUCAUUGGAUGUAAAUACCCUGAAAGCUGACAAUCUGCAUGUCUUUCAUUAUUUCAUAUCCCAUUCUGUGUAACCGGAGUUACAGCGCAACACAUGUACCUUCCUUCUGUCUUUAAUAUAGCAGAACACAGAUUAGUUUUAUUAGUAAGUAUAUUGUGCCAAUUAAUCCCUCAUUCUAGAACAGAGCAGUAAUUCCACAGACAGCAUUAUUCGCUAAUUAAAGGCUAAAAUAGCCAAACUGGUAGCAUAGCUGAUUUUGAAGAAUUUAUCUGUUUUAGUCUUAAAGGGGCACUCGGGUCACCAUAACAACUUAAUGUGAUUAAGUUGUUAUGGUGCCAGGAAGCACCUAGGCACACUGUUAUCUUAAAGAGGUUAAACCGUUCGUGAAUGGUUUAAUCCCAGAGUUUGCCUCUAGCACUGAUCUGCAUGUCCCCGUGCUGCCAGGCAAGGGCGCCGCUGAUUGGCUUAGCAUGGUCAGCUGUCACUCUAAGCCAAUCAGUAGCUCCCCAUUGAUAAAAGGGGAGGCAAACUGUUCGAGAACGGUUUAACCUCUUAAGGUAAGAGUGCGCCCGGGAGUGGGUCUUCUGGCACCAUAACAACUACGUUUAGAUGAAGUUGUUAUGGUGACUGAAGUAUUCCUUUAAAUUUGAAAUUCACUUUGAAUUUCUAACUUGAGUCAAUAACAAAGUGUUGUUUUUUGUUUUCUUCUUUAUAUACCCCGAUCCCCAAACUGUGAUCUGUAGUUAAUGUGCCUUUUUGAAGCCUUUUUCAUGUUUUCGCCUCUGAUGUGCAAGUGAACAAAUAUCAUGGUAUUACAGAUUGUCAUUGCUGUGAAACUCCUCUUUUGAGAAAUAUUUUGCCCCAAAUAAGGUGCUAACAUUUCACAAGAACAGAGUGAAGAUAGAUGUGCAGGUGUUGGUUUCACAUCCUGCUACAGGACUUUGUACACAGAACAAUAAAUGUCCUGUUCACACCUCCCAGCUGACUGCCAACAAUAGGUCAAAACCCGGAUUUACAUCCUGGCUUCUCUAAAUCUAAACAGUUUACGGUUAGAUGACAGUAUUCCAUUGGCAGUUCAGUGUCUCAGGCAGUUAGACAUUCUUUUAGAUUGUGAGCAUGUGGACAAGGCCAUCAUAGCUCACUGAAUUAGUGCAUUUUUGUCUUUAGGUCAAAGCUUCUUAUACCCUAAUUACCAUAUCUAGCGUUGUAAAACUCAUUUGGGUUGCACAGAUAAUUGAUCAUUUGGGCGCACCUACUGAGCAACUAAUUACUAAACACUAGAUGGCAAGUCCUGUGUGUUCUGCAUAUAUAUCUGUGCCACAUGUACAAGUAAAAUAAAAACAUGCGCAUACUAAAUACCAUAAUGACAGUAAUUAACAAGAUUGCGAUCAAUAACAUUGGGGCCUCCUACAAAACGAUUUGAUGGUGCUCCACCGGAUAUACUGACAGACACAAACAUGUGGAAACCGUUUGACAAAGAAUUUAGAAACGAUGCCUGUAGCCUACUGGUACCAUAACCACUACAUCGCCAUGAUGCCUAAACUUAUGCAGCUUAUCUAUCAUGCAAAAGGAUGGAAGAAAAAGCCAAGUUUGAAGCAUUUCAAUGAGUUAUACUUAAAAAUGUCAUCAUUCCUUUCAGUGGUUUUCCACUGUCAAACCUUGCUAGACAAUUGAAGUUUAAAGGGUCACUACAAUGUGGAGAUAGUUCAUUUACAUUUAUUAUAUAGAUAAAUUUAAAGUGUCUGCGUUUUAUUUUUUUUCAUUAGUUCUGUUGUGGCUUCAACAGUGAGCUCCGCCCAGACUAGGAAGUGAAUCAACCAAUCAAGACGCUCCCGUAACAUUCCGUAGCACUGCGUAGCUUCGCCCACAGGUAGUGCUUUAUAAGCAGUUGUCCCCGUUCUUCUUUUGACUUGUCUCAUCCUCUUUUGCCACGUCUCCCUCUAUUCCUGCGUGACACUGAACCAGUGAGUCCCUGGCAUGACCCGAGUAGGCCUGCUCAUUAGUAGCGUGUACUUCAGUUCUAUUAUCGUCGUCUAUAGUAUUCUUGGUAUUUGUCCCUUUUUGCCUGAUUUAAUUUUUAUGAACCUGCACUGCCUGACCUGACUUUUGGCUAGUCCUGACUCUGUCUUCGCUUGAUCCCUAUUUAUUUGUUAAAAAAAAUAAUAAAUAUGAAAAUUAAUAAAAAAAAAAAAAAAGGAAAACCGUAUAAAGCAUAACUAAUGGUGAACUAACCAUUGCGCACACCUUUACAACAUUGGUUCUAAUCUGAUUUAAAUUUAAUAGGUUUUACCUUAAUAUAUGUAUGAGUGAAUAAAAGUUUGACAUUAGGGCAUGUAAGCCUGCUGUAUAAUAUAUAUUUAUUUUCAUUGAAAAUAAAACUUGAGGAUUACAGUAUUAAAAUAAAAAAACCUUUAAAAAUAUUGUAUAUAUGUAUUUGAAUUUAAAAUAUAUCUUGAUUAGAAAUUGGUAAUAAAGGAGGAAAAAAAACGUAAAACUUUUUAUAAUUUUAUCUAAUGUGGGUUUGGAAUAGUGCACAAGUAACUUUUUUUUCUUUUUUUAAAAAAAUUAUGUAUGUAGUGGGGCCGAUGUGCACUAUAGUCAUUGCUGCCGCCCAAGAGUAAUGGGAGUUUGAGUGCAGGCCUCAAUUUUGUGUGUUUAUCCAAAAAUAUUAAAAUCAAAGCCCAUGUUUGGUCCUGUAUUUUUUUAUGUUCGAAUUCUUUCCACUAUUACAUAUAUUGAUUUUCUUGUUGACAGAAGGAGAGUCUCUGGGUUUAUAUUUCCUUAUAGGGGAAGUAUUUAUUUAUUUAUUUGCUUGAUUUUAAAUGAUUUCACUGUAUUAUUAUUUAUAGAGCGCCAACAAACUCCGCAACGCUGCACACAUAUUUGAUUAAUUUACAGCACUUUAGGCAACACACAGUUGAUGUAUUGUGUAUAAGAUUUUGGAGAGAGGACAUUGAAUGCCAUUUUCUUAUAUUGGUUGGUUGUUUUUUUCUCCAAACACGUUUACAUGUCAGAUUUCAUUCAAACUGUUUGUUUCCAGAUCUUUAUCGCAAUCAUAAACUUUAAAAUCAGUAGUAAUACAUAAUCUAUUGCUUCUACGUGUUUUACUGACAACCCUUUCCCCCCCUCCCCGACUUACAGGAUUGUCUACUGAACCCAUCAUGUCAGCAGGAAACCAGGGGUAAGCACCAUAGAUGGUGGUCAUGAAAAGACUGCACGAACCUAAAAAGAGAAAAUCUAUUAACUAUGUUAAUACUGUCUGCAGAGGCCAAGCAAGCUUUUGUUUUUGCCGUGACCACCUACUGGGUCUACAAAAUAUGUCAAUGCUAUUUAAAGUGGCAUUGUCAUGCAAACAUAAUGUCUAUUUAACUGUUUGUUAUCUGGUAUUUAGGAAUCGAAAUACAACUUUGUAUUUCAUUUUGCUCUUAUUAUAUUUAUUAUGCUGCUAUUAUUAUUAUUAUUUUUUUAUUUUUUUUAUUGAUACUUAUACCAUUUGUCUACUUUCCAACAGUGGCCUCAAUUUAUUUAUUUAUGGGUGAGCUUUAAAGUUAUCAAUCUGUUAGAAAGUCUUUUGAAAUGAUUUGUAAACCGAAGUCAUCAUUAAAAUAUAUGGGAAUCUUUAGAGAGGCAUCUUUUGUUCCUAACAGAUUGUGAUUUUGGAAAGCAUAUCCUAAAGAAUGGCCAAUGGUGCUAGUAUCUGCUUGCACUAAUCUAACAAACAAAAACAAACAAACGACAGCUUGAUCUACUUUAAUGUUAGAGCUCUUUUAUCAGUUUUCCCAUAGAACUCAGUCAUCCGAGGAGACGGAUUUAACACUUAUCUCAAUAGGAUGGUUUCUGGUUAAACCUGGGGUUUCUGUUUAGAGCAUUGGCGAAGGUAAUUAAAUAGAAGGGAAUCCUAUCAAAGCCAAUAUUUUUGUAAGGAAACCAGCAACCCAGAGAUUUCUAAAUAUAAAUAUUUAAAAAAAAAAAAAAAAAAAUUAAAUUUAAAAUGUAUAAGCUGGCUCCUCGUGUAAAUAGUCAUACAUUUCUUAAAGAUGUUUAUUCCAAUCAACCUGUAAAAGUAUCCUAUGUUGUAUAAAUAGUUACUUGGGGCUCAGUGUUUAAUUGAUUUAAUUGUUUCUGCUUAUCCUUCAAUCCCCAUGAUAAUUAGAAUGUACUAUGCGUGUGCAGGUUGUACUUGAAGUGUGUGAAAUGUAUGCGGUUUACAUUUUUAUGUUGUGUACUUGAAAUACGUGGCAUAUUGUGUGUUUGUUAAUUGUACUGGAUGUGUCUGUUGUGCUGUUUUGUGGUUGUCCUAAUGUGUUCCUGGACUGCAAACUUCAGAGAAAAUCCGCACGUGAUCCGAAAACGCCAUUAAAAAAAUUCAAUAAAGGCAGUUUUGGGGUACAUUUAGAGAUUAUGUAUAAAUUUUUAUUUGAGCUAGAACUGAACAUAUUUGGUCAUAAAAGUAUCUAAAUUCAUUACAUCGUAUAGAUAUUCGGACAUUAUAGCAGUGUGAUGGAUAGUCACAGGUGCCAAACAGGUUCUCUGUUGGGUAUUAUUUAAAGGACCACUCUAGGCACCCAGACCACUUCAGCUUAAUGAAGUGGUCUGGGUGCCAGGUCCAGCUAGUGUUAACCCAUUUUUUUCAUAAACAUAGCAGUUUCAGAGAAACUGUUAUGUUUAUGAAUGGGUUAAGCCUUCCCCUAUUUCCUCUAGUGGCUGUCUCAUUGACAGCCGCUAGAGGCGCUUGCAUGCUUCUCACUGUGAUUUUCACAGUGAGAGCACGCCAGCGUCCAUAGGAAAGCAUUAUGAAUGCUUUCCUAUGUGACCUGCUGAAUGCGCGCGCAGCUCUUGCCGCGCGUGCGCAUUCAGCCGACGGGGAGGAGAAGAGGAGGAUCGGAGGAGGAGAGCUCCCCGCCCAGCGCUGGAAAAAGGUAAGUUUUAACCCCUUUCUCCCUUCCAGAGCCGGGCGGGAGGGGGACCCUGAGGGUGGGGGCACCCUCAGGGCACUAUAGUGCCAGGAAAACGAGUAUGUUUUCCUGGCACUAUAGUGGUCCUUUAAUGUCCUGCCCCAUGUAACCCUAUUUAAUUCAUUGUAGAAAAAUCUAAAUCCUUAUCAUUGCUUUUAAAUAUAGCUAACAUGUUUCUAUUUUAUAUCCAUUACUUCCUUAGAUGUAACCAAAUGGGCUUUAAUGUAGGUCACAUCGCCAAGAUUCCAUGCAUUCACACAACAUGUGCCUGCUUACCAGACACAUCCCAAGCUAUUAUUAUAUUAUCAGUGACUCAUUCAGGCUUAUAGAACAUUCAUAUAUUUAAAAAACAUUCUAUUGUAAUACCAAGAGCAUGUCCGAUAUACCCUGUACAUUAUGUGAUUAAACAUUAACAUGCACAAACACUUUUUAUAUGGUUGUAUAUCACACAUUACCCGGGGGUGUGUCUAGAAUUCUUUUAUAAUUACAUAUUUAAAGGAAUACUAUAGGGUGAGGAACACAAACAUGUAUUCCUGACCCUAUAGUGUUAAAAGCACCAUCUAGCCCUCUUAACCUCAGUGGGGACCGAGGUUGGUGUUUGUGGGUUAAAGGGACACUAUAGUCACUCAGACCACAUAAAAAUGUAAACCGCAUAAAUUUCACACACUUUAAGUACAACCUGCACACGCAUAGUACAUUAUAAUUAUCAUGGGGAUUGAAGGAUAGGCAGAAACAAUUAAAUCAAUUAAACACUGAGCCCCAAAUAACUAUUUAUACAACAUAGGAUACUUCUGACAGGUUGAUUGGAAUAAACAUCUUUAAGAAAUGUAUGACUACUAUACACGAGGAGCCAACUUAUACAUUUUAAAUUUGAAAAAAAAAAAAAGUUAUAUUUAUAUUUAGAAAUCUCUGGGUUACUGGUUUCCUUACAGAAAUAUUGGCUUUGAUAGGUUUCCCUUCUAUUUAAUUACCUUCGCCAAUGCUCUAACCAGAAACCAUCCUAUUGAGAUAAGUGUUAAAUCCGUCCCUCAGGUUUUAACCCUCAGGUUUUAACCCUUCACAUGUAAACAUAGCAGUUUCAGAAAAACUGCUAUGUUUACAUAGCAGGGUUAAUCCAGCCUCUAGUGGUUGUCUUCCUGACAGCCGCUAGAGGCGCUUCUGCGACGCUGUAUGCAAAAUUCGCAUUGAGCGUGCAGAGCGUCCAUAGGAAAGCAUUGAGAAAUGCUUUCCUAUAGACAGUUUGAAUGUGCGCGGGAGCUGACGUCGGCGUGGGAGGAGAGGUCACCAGCGCCGAGGGAGCCCGGCGCUUGAUUAAAGUAAGCUGCUGAAAGGGUUUUAACCCCUUCAGCGCCACUGGAGGGGGACCGUGAGGGUGAGGGUCCCCCAAGGAUUAUAUAGUGUCAGGAAAACAGUAUAGUGCUCCUUUAAGUCAACAUAAAGAAUAAACCCAAAGCACACCAAAAAGUAUUGCACAAAAAGAGCUUCUAUUAAUACAAUAGAAUAUCAAAAAUACAUUUGAAAUAAAGUACAAACAUUCUGAAUGUAAACUUUACAAAUAAUCAAAUAAACCUUAUAAGAGCCACGGCAUUAACCCCCCAAAAUGUAUAUUUUCAGGUCUACUAACUCAGAGCUGGAGACUACAAAGCCCCAAGGUUUCGGCACAUAGCCUUCCUCAAGAGUGAUCUCAAAGCUACUGGUUCAAGUUCUUAUUUUUUUUUAUCCUUCUAAAGGUGCACUUUAGUGAUUUAGAAUUAAAAACAGUUGUAGGAAAUCAAUACCAAAACGUUGAACGUGUCCCUGCAGCCUAUUUUUAAAUACAACAUGUGACAUCAUCACGUAUUAGAACAUAACCUGUGAUGUCAUCACAUCCCAUACGAUCGCAUCUACGGAUCAACAAAAAAUGAAAUAAAAAGGGAAUAACUAGAUCCAAAAAUACUGUAUUUUACCACAAUACAGGGGUCAAUGAGGUCCAAAAAUAAGAACUGCAUGAUCCAUUAAUUAGCCCGUACAAGUUGAGCACUUGCUAUAUUGUUAUUUUUAUAUACUGGGUUAAGUCAAGACAUAUUUAUUUUGUUUAUUAAGAAGGUGCUUUAUUGGAAUGAAGAAUUUAUUUUUAUUUAAAUUAUGGCUGUAAAAGAUGUAUAAAACGAUGAAAUUACAAAGACCCAUUAGCAGUUAUUACAGUUAUGGUUUAAUUGCAUGUGUUUUUUUUUUUUUUGGUUUUUUUAUCGCUAAACUAUUACGUAUCUUACAUUCAAGUAGACAUGUAAAAUGUCUAUCCUCCCAAUCUUUGCCCUAGCUGCAGGACGGCAAUCGCUACCCUUGUUGUGUACACAAACAUGCAAGUGCAUCUCAACCACAUCUCCAAACAUAAACAAAACAGUAUGUGUAUCCCUAUACUGUCAUGUACUCCUGUUUGUAACAGUAACCACAUGUGGGAGUGUUUAGAGGCUGCGGGGGAGGAUAUAGAGGAAGAGAAACUGGUCGGGCAGCUAUAGGUAGAAGGAACAGGGACAUUUUUAAGACACUGGAAAAAAAAAAUCUGUGACAUUCUACACCUGACCAGCCUGAGGACAUGUAGCUUUUAGGGUAAUGCUAAUAUUUGAGCAGCCGGCAAGCUCAGUGAGGAAUUGAAAUGUAGAACGUCGACAUUGAGAUAUACAAUCUAGCCAAUGUUAAUUCAUGUGUCCGUAUUGAUAUACAGCAAGGGAAAAGGUAUCUCCGUAAAACUGAAAGCAGAUUAAAGAUCAAAUAAUAAAUGGACUGAACUGAGAGGACAAGACUACUAGGAAACGCCGUACUGACCAACAUACUGGAGACCUGUGUUUUAUCCCCAGCAGCUGAAGAAGCUCUUUGUGCUACUUCCAGCCAACCAUGCAAGAAUACGGAAUGGAGGCUUUGAUGCGGGUAAAAGGAUAUGAAAUGCUCGUGGUGCUCCGGGAUAACACCCUGAAUUGGGUCACCCACAAGAAAUCCGCCUGGAGUAAAAAGGGUAGGUAAAAACUGUAUUAAGGGAUGCUCUAGUGUCACAUGUGCAGGUAAAAAAAAACGAUCUAAAUAUCUGUAAUUUGGACUAAAUCCAUAGUAGAGUUUUAUCACUUUUUUUUGUCUCACCACAACUUCGUUCAUGUAUAUUACGAAGGAACGACAAGUGAAAGAAAGGUAUGUGAUUGUGUUUAACAAAGCGUGUUGUGGGCAGCGCUGUCAAAUGUAUCACGUUAUCCUGGGCAAGUGUAAAAUUCUACAUGCUGAUGGGCAGGGCAUGAAAAUUGCUGCUCUUAUAGUAUGUGGAAUCCAUUUAUGCUGCACUCGGGAAAUCAGUGAACUAAUCAAGGCAGAUGCUACUGAUUAUCCUGCUGGAGGAUAAAGAAUCUUUCUAGGUACUACAAGGCAUGUUGGGUCUCAUAACCAAAAAUGGGAGAGAGGAUAAGUAGAAGUGGUUAUAGGGAAUAACCUUUCAGCAGGAGUGACGUUAAUAAUGUUUAAUAUCAGAAGUUUGAUCAAAUCUAAUUUGAUGUUUCUAACAGACAGUGCAUGUGCAGUGCGGAUCAUCCUAUAAGGUAGGUAUGAGAGGGGAAACCGGUCAAACCAUUUGGGCCAACUGGUUUAAAAAAAAAAAAAAAAAAUCUGUCUUUCAAUUUUUCAGGUUUAUUUUGGGGAAUUGAAAUACAAAUGGCAAAAAUGUAGGCAAUAAUACUUACAUGAAAGAAGUGUGUGUGUGUUUUUUUUUUUUAAUCCUUGUUUUGUCCCAUGGCACUAUAAGAAAGGAAGUUACAGUGUUUGCAAGUACAAAGUACAACAUGUAUUUGUCUCAAGUUGUGCUUAGGGUAUAGAGUGAGUAAUAUAACUUUAGUUAAAGUUAAACAAAACCACAGAAACAAAGAAAGGGAGAGGAUCGUCAAUCAGUCUACUGAGUUCUAAUUAAUGGCAGUCAGUGGGUGAUAUGUACAAACGUAUUGCUGCCACAAAAGCAGUACAUUUGCAUCUCAAUGGAGGUAAUUCAUUACCCAGUGAAUUGCAACAGUUAGAUUAAAAUAGUUGAUCUAAUAAAUGUCUUUAUCCCACAUUUAUUCCAAACUAGAAUAUUUAUUUUGGGCUAAUGUUUGCCGUUUGAUUGCUAGAGGGGUAAAUUCACUUAGCAGUGAGCUCUGGGAAAAUGGACAACCGAAUUGCCAAAUUUUACACUAGGAGAGCCAGGUUGAAGAGGUCCCUUGUAUUAUUAUUUUUUUUUUUACACUUUUUUUUAUUAUAAGUUUACAAUAGUAACGAAAAUCACAACUAAGGGAGAUCAUGAAUCAUUGGAACAACCACAGAGAAACGAGCUGUUGGCAUAGUUUUUAAGAUAAUAGGGCAGGAUCAGCUUCAUAUGGGAGUCCUGGAUUUCCAAGACGCCAAAAAUCAUUCAUUCGCUUAGGAUCCAUUAGCCAGGACUCAGGUCUUUGAUAUUUUCAACCUAAAAAUGUUAAUUCUGUUUUAGACCAGUACAGCUCACCGUUUAGUUGAUAAGAGUUCUCAGAUCCUAUAUGUUAUAUUUUCUGGACACAAAUCACACAUUUAUGGCAGAUGGACAGCACAGGAAAAGUGCUGCUGUACUGUUUGCUAAAUUUACAUGUUGCAAAAGUGGAAUCAAUGUAUUAAUCAGUUCCUUUAGAAUUCCUUGUUGAUGAAUGGACUGAUUUCCUGUCUGCUGUAUAUGACUUAUACAUAGUCUGGGGCAUUGCUUUUCAUUUGCUGCCCUGUUAAAUUAGUUUUUUGGUGUACAGUGACUCGUUAAAAGCAUAAAAGUCUAGCAAAUAAUGGUCUGUAUUAGACACAAGACUUGUGCUCAAAUACUUUUUAGUCGGUAUGAACAAUUACAUUUUUUAAAAUUCAUGCCCCAAUUAAUUUAUCUGUCUGGGAUUUACCUGUGGCGUUUUAUUCAUUUAUUCCACAAGUCUAGUCUUUAAAGAGUUUAUCUGUGUUUAAUUCUGCAUCGUUGCAGUGCUAGAGUUAAGUUUCAGGUGUGUGAUUUAAAAUAAAUAGUAGUUAUGCAUUGUCAAUUAAUUUUAAGCCAUUUAUAUUGUACCUCCAGGCGCUUAAGGCGUGGUGCCACAACUUCUAUUUUCUAUUCAAAUGCAAAGAUGUCUGGCACGCAGCUGGUCAAUGCAGAGACUUUAUUUACACAUAUAAAGGUUACAUGUCCGAUUGCAUCCUUUGUCAGGCACAGGCCUAAAGGGGAUUUAGGGCACUGUAAGGAUCCAUCUUUCUAAUCCUGGAGAAUAAGAUUGUAAUCCGGAUAUAAGGCCUAAAAAAACUAAUUGGAAACAUUCUCGAACUCCACUAUUUCUGCAAAUCGGUUAUUUUGACCUUAAAUAUGCAACUAUUGUGUAAAUUCUCCAUAAUUUAUCUGUUUAGUGAAUAACCUCAUUAAUCUCUAUCAUGUCUCCGCUAUACAGUUAUAGGUGACCGCUUUGUCAGUGUUUUAGGCCGGUAGGUGCCUAAAACGUGUCAGCCAGGUUAGUGUGGCCACAGACAAGGGCAUACGUAAUAUAAAUCAACUUAUGUACAGUCCCAAACCUAGUGUGUAAUUAAAUCGUUCAGGUUCAUUGUGUGGCCAGAAAGUAUGAGUUCACAUACAAAGUCAAGGCAAACAAUGUAGAUUACAAUAAUCUGUGUGUAAUCUGUUUUAAAAGGACAAUAUAGGCAUCCAAACCACUUCAUCUCAUUGAAGUUGUCCCUGUCCCCUUAACCCUGCAGCUGAAAACAUUACAGUUUUGUGAAACUGCAAUGUUUUUCUUCCAGACAGCCACUAGAGGCACUUUCUGUUGUUUCAUGGAGUUGAACUCCAUGAAACGACGUUGGACGUCCUCAUGCUUUAUACAGAUUUUGCAUUGAUUCAAUGUUUUUUGUGUGCGGAAGGUCUAAUGCACGUGUGGCACCUACUGCUCAUGCGCAUUAGGUUUUCCCUUGCGAUGACAUCAGAGGAGGCGGAGACAAAGCUAGUGCAAAGGAACGUCAAUGCUGGAAUUAGGUGAAUGUUUAAAGGUGCAGCGUGAGGGGGCAAACGGCAUCGAGGUACACUAUAGUUGUUAGGAAUACAGGUUUGUAUUAAUAACACUAUAAUGUUCCUUUAAGGUGUGUCAUGGUAGCCAUAGUUAUGAUUACACAUGGCGUGGUAGAGUAAUGGCUUCUACAUAUGACCACGCUGAUUGCAUAUCUCCCAAGUUGCCCUAUUUAAGAGGGACAGUCCCUAUUUUGGAUCCAAAUCCCUCUCUCUGUUUUCUAUCCCAAUGUCACACUUUUCUUAGAGCUCCAUAUUGUUGGUGUUUUUGAGUGUGUAACAGAGCUCCACAGCAAUAAUACUCACAAUAAUGUCUCUUCAAACAACAAUAAAUAUGUUUAGAAAUCAGUCUAUGUGAAUAAGAUACACGGUUCUUGUUCUAAAUUACAUUUUAGUUGCAUAAAUUGUCAUUAGUAAGUCGCCUAGAAUGUCUCUGAAUGGCCAAACCUCCACUUACAUCCCUAUAAUGAAAGUGUUCCCCUUUCUCCAUUGGAAAUGUUUAGAGGUAUAUAGUUGCUCUGUAGCUGUACUUGAGAUCUGCCAAUUUAGAUGCUAAAGACCAUACACAUUUUUGCCACUUAACUCAUAUGCAUAUUACCAAAACUGCAUUUUUUUAAUAAAAGUUCCCCAUCUGUCUCUUAGAUUAGAGUAACAACAUUGUUCGCCGAUACGACAAUGUUGGAUGUUUUAAAGGACCACAUCUGUGCUGGUCCACCUGUGUUCCUAACAAUGUACUUUUUUUUAAUUAUUAUUAUUUAGGUCCUAGUGGUACCGUGCCGGUCAACGAAAUUAUUCUAGCUCAUCUGGGGGAUUGCAAACAAAGAGGAAAGCGCAUCAGUACUCCUAGUACCCAGUUCACAGGUAACAGCCCACCCUCACCAUGUGUCCUGUAAACGUACAUGUACAUAAAACAAACCGCAUCUAAAUUGUUACAGACCUGUAAUUAGCAUGGCUUUAAAGCCGGAACAGGGAAGCCUACUCUAUAAUUAAGGAAAUGCUUCCUAAAACUUUGCAGCAAAGGAUUGUGCAACCUUGCUAACUAUUUAAUUUAUUUUUUGACAUUUUUGUUGUGCAGGGAUACAGUAAUAGACAUCGACAAUAUAGUAGGAAGUUAAGCAAUAUGACGUAAACAAAUAAUCUCAUGAAAAUAAUAUCACGCGUUAGAAAAAUUUGAUAUUUGCCAUAAAGUCAUACAUUCAGUAUGCUGUACGUUCUAAACUAUUAAUAAACAAAUGAGUUCAUUGUAUAGCUACAGACAAAGUUUGAAGGAAAGGAAGACAAAUUUGUGGCCGCAAUUUUGCCCACCCAGGAGAGUACCGCUGGUUGCUAAUCUUUGUUGUGUGUUUUUUUUAAAUCACUAAGUUUCUCCACUAAUUUGAAACCAACAGACUAGAGUACCACUAAUUUAGCAAAGUCGUUAAAUUUAAGUUGUUAUAGUGGUAAAUAGGCUGCGGUUACACUGCGGCUCCAAAAGUAGAAAUGAUUUUGACGCAAAGAGGUUUAACAUCCCGUAGCCCUGUGAAAGAGCUAUUUUUGAAUAGGGAGUACAGCCAGAGAAUGUCUUUUAAAAGGUAGUACAUUGAGAGCUCUAUGAAAAAAGAUGCCCAUAUUUUAUCAAUAUGGGUCCCUGUUACUUUUCCUGUUCAAUUUACCAAAGGGAAAUCUAUGGGUCUAAUAGGGCGAAAGAGCUCAAUGAUGAUUUAUCUCGUUCUGCCACGAGAGUCGUAUGACCAUAUUCUACAGGAAAUUGUCUGGAUGUCCUUCUGCAUACCUUAAUGUCACGGAAAAAAAACUAUUUAUAUGACUUUAUUUUAAGAAAGCAAAACCUACAAAGGAAUACAGGUUGUCUUUAUUAGGUCCCCAAACCAUCCCAUUUCCUUGGUUACCUAUCAUAAUAUUUGUACAUCUGUACAGGUAUCCAUUGCAUACAAAGGCCACGUCUGGGUUAUAGUAUACUUUACAGAAAGCCUAUAUAGAUCUUAUCUUACAGUUUGACACUAAACAAUUGCACCAAAGCCUCCCAUUAUAAAUACACGCUAUACUUAAAAACCUAUAUUCAACAAGAUUAGACAUAUGCAAACUGUUUUAAUCCAUGGAUAUGAUUUCCAGAAUACUUUCUGGUAUUCCUAAGGGAAACAAAGUGUCUUAGGACCCUGUAUUCAUUAACCAUGAUUUACUAGGGUAUUGUCCCACCCAUGUUUCCCGCACCCGCCCAUGCAGCAGGAUAUGGGUAAUAAUCCACCCAGUGGGGGCCGUUGAGGGAAGAGGUAGAGCCCAUUAAUAACAAAGAGGAUUCUUCUCUAAUACUAAGAGUGGGGCAUUGGGUUCUUUAAAAAUAAAGAAACGUCACAUUUAUUAAAGGAUCACUAUAGUGCCAGGAAAACAUACUCAGGGUCCCCCUCCUGCCGGGCUCUGGGGAGAGGAAGGGGAUAAACUUACCUCUUUCUCCAGCGCUGGGCGGGGAGCUCUCCUCCUCCUCUCCGCCUCCUCUCCUCCUCUUCGGCUGAAUGCGCAUGCGCGGCAGGAGGCGCGCGCUUUCAGCAAGUCCAUAGGAAAGCAUUCACAAUGCUUUCCUAUGGACGCUGGCGUCUUCUCACUGUGAUUUUCACAGUGAGAAGCACAGAAGUGCCUCUAGCGGCUGUCAAUGAGACAGCCACUAGAGGCUGGAUUAACCCUAUAUAAACAUAGCAGUUUCUCUGAAACUGUUAUGUUUAUAGAAAAAAGGGUUAAUCCUAGAGGGACCUGGCACCCAGACCACUUCAUUAAGCUGAAGUGGUCUGGGUGCCUAUAGUGGUCCUUUAAAAAUAUGGGAUGCAUGGUUAGGGCCGGACAGCACUUUCAUGUAUAGAUUAAUGGUCAGGAAUGGCUGAAAAUAUUAUAUAUAUAUAUAUAUAUAAUUUCACACAGCUCUGCACUCCAACCUUGUAACAACUGUGAAUUUACUUGCUUUGUGUUCAGUAACAGCUCUUCAUAAACAUAAAUUCUCUCUCUUAGUUACCCGCAUUUUGGGACUCCUCCCAGCAUUUAAAUAACCUACUAUUUAAAUAACCACCUUUAUUAACAAAUCGCAAGGAUCAGUCACCUGUCCCGAGGCAAGUUCCCUAGGGAUCUGAAACGUUGAUCUAUAUUGCUGAUCAUGGCGAUUUGUUAAUAAAGGUUAUUUAACUACUUGGAGGAGUCCCAGAGUGCAGGUAACGAAGAAGGAGAAUUUAUUCAUAUAAUAUAUUACACACACAAUGGUUUUGUCCAUUAUUCCAUUCCCCUGGGCAAGCAUAUUUAGGGUGUGAAGUAUUAGAGAUUUUGUUUUCAUAUUGAUUUAUUUUAGUGUGAUUUUGUUUUGUACUACUGUAGAUAUAGUAUGGUAAGGAAUUUGGUGGUAUUCUUGGGAAUGACGAUUCCCAAAAUGCCAGCAGAUUGUACAAAUUAAAUAUAUUCUCACACAGAGUAAAUAAACUUGUUGGAGUGCAACAGCAUCUUGAAAUGGCCUUUAUAAUGCUGAUGUUUGUUUUUAGCAAAAAAAUUCCCCUUGAUGUGGGCCCAGAGACUUUCCUAAUUCCACUUCUCCUGCUGCCAUUCAAAAGCACUGUACACACUAACAGGAUAAUUCAUUAAGUGUGUGUGUGUGUGUGUGUAUAUAUAUAUAUAUGAUAUUCUACAGCCCUGUGCUUGUUUGGAAGGUGCUGAUGGGAUACCAACGAGUGAAUUGAAAGUCAAUUUGAAAUUUAAGGUUAAAAUAGCCUAACUGGAAAAAUUCUCUUAGUAAGUUAUGCUAUCAGUUCAACUACUCUGGCCUUAAAUUUGAAAUUUUCUUUUAAUUCUCACGUUCGUGAAUAACCCUGAUAGACACAUAUAGGCUCACACAUUUAAAAAAAAAGAAAAGAAAAAAAGAAGGAAUAAAAUAUCAACAUCGGGCAGCUAAUUACUGGUGCACUCUUUAACCCCUUAAGGACCAAACUUCUGGAAUAAAAGGGAAUCAUGACAUGUCACACAUGUCAUGUGUCCUUUAGGGGUUAAAACAGCUUAAGUGUUUUGUGGAAUGCAGUCAAACAAGUCCUAAGCUUUGUGUAGUGGGAUUUUCUGCUGUUCUUCAGGAAUAAAAGGAGUGAUGAGGGAACCUGUAAUCUCAAAGUUCAAAUGAAAGUUCUAUGAUGUUAGAUCUGGUGAUAUGGAGGCAUCUAGCACAGUCCUGGUUUCCACGGGGCCAUUCUUAAAUACAGUUGCAAGAAAAAGUAUGUGAACCCUUUGGAAUGAUAUGGAUUUUUGCACAAAUUGGUCAUAAAAUGUGAUCUGAUCAUCAUCUAAGUCACAACAAUAGACAAUCACAGUCUGCUUAAACUAAUAACACAUAAAGAAUGAAAUGUUGCCAUGUUUUAUUGAACACACCAUGUAAACAUUCACAGUGCAGGUGGAAAAAGUAUGUGAACCCUUGGAUUUAAUAACUGGUUGAACCUCCUUUGGCAGCAAUAACUUCAACCAAGCGUUUCCUGUAGUUGCAGAUCAGACGUGCACAACGGUCAGGAGUAAUUCUUGACCAUUCCUCUUUACAGAACUGUUUCAGUUCAGCAAUAUUCUUGGGAUGUCUGGUGUGAAUCGCUUUCUUGAGGUCAUGCCACAGCAUCUCAAUCGGGUUGAGGUCAGGACUCUGACCUCAGCCACUUCAGAAGGCGAAUUUUCUUCUGUUUAAAGGACCACUCUAGGCACCCAGACCACUUCAGCUUAAUGAAGUGGUCUGGGUGCCAGGUCCUUCUAGGGUUAACCCAUUUUUUCAUAAUUAUAGCAGCUUCAGAGAAACUGCUAUAAUUAUGAAUGGGUUAAGCCUUCCCCCUAAUCCUCUAGUAGCUGUCUCAUUGACAGCCACUAGAGGCGCUUGCGUGCUUCUCACUGUGAAAAUCACAGUGAGAGCACGCCAGCGUCCAUAGGAAAGCAUUGUAAAUGCUUUCCUAUGAGACCGGCUGAAUGCGCGCGCAGCUCUUGCCGCGCGUGCGCAUUCAGCCGGCGGGGCGUAACGGAGGCGGAGAGGAGGAGAGCUCUCCGCCCAGCGCUGGAAAAAGGUAAGUUUUUACCCCUUUCCCCUUCCAGAGCCGGGCGGGAGGGGGUCCCUGAGGGUGGGGGCACCCUCAGGGCACUAUAGUGCCAGGAAAACGAGUAUGUUUUCCUGGCACUAUAGUGGUCCUUUAAGCCAUUCUGUUGUUGAUUUACUUCUAUGCUUUGGGUCAUUGUCCUUUUGCAACACCCACCUUCUGUUGAGCUUCAGCUGGUAGACAGAUGGCCUUAAGUUCUCCUGCAAAAUGUCUUGAUAAACUUGGGAAUUCAUUUUUCCUUCGAUGAUAGCAAUCCAUCCAGGCCCUGACGCAGCAAAGCAGCCCCAAACCAUGAUGCCCCCACUACCAUACUUCACAGUUGGGAUGAGGUUUUGAUGUUGGUGUGCUGUGCCUUUUUUGCCACACAUAGUGUUGUGUGUUUCUUCCAAACAACUCAACUUUGGUUUCAUCUGUCCACAGAAUAUUUUGCAGUACUGCUGUGGAACAUCCAGGUGCUCUUGUGCAAACUGUAAACGUGCAGCAAUGUUUUGUUUGGACAGCAGUGGCUUCCUCUGUGGUAUCCUCCCAUGAAAUCCAUUCUUGUUUAGUGUUUUACGUAUUGUAGAUUCACUAACAGGGAUGUUAGCAUUUGCCAGUGACUUUUGUAAGUCUUUAGCUGACACUCUAGGAUUCUUCUUCACCUCAUUAGCAGUCUGCGCUGUGCUCUUGCAGUCAUCUUUACAGGACGGCCACUCCUAGGGAGAGUAGCAGCAGUGCUGAACUUUCUCCAUUUAUAGACAAUUUGUCUUACCGUGGACUGAUGAACAGCAAGGCUUUUGGAGAUACUUUUAUAACCCUUUCCAGCUUUAUGCAAGUCAACAAUUCUUAAUCGUAGGUCUUCUGAGAGCUCUUUUGUGCGAGGGCAUCAUUCACAUCAGGCAAUGCCUCUUGUGAAAAGCAAACCCAGAACUGGUGUGUGUUUUUUAUAGGGCAGGGCAGCUGUAACCAACACCUCCAAUCUCAUCUCAUUGAUUGGACUCCAGUUGGCUGACAUCUCACUCCAAUUAGCUCUUGGAGAUGUCAUUAGUCUAGGGGUUCACAUACUUUUUCCACCUGCACUGUGAAUGUUUACAUGGUGUGUUCAAUAAAAACAUGGCAACAUUUCAUUCUUUGUAUGUUAUUAGUUUAAGCAGACUGUGAUUGUCUAUUGUUGUGACUUAGAUGAUGAUCAGAUCACAUUUUAUGACCAAUUUGUGCAGAAAUCCAUAUCAUUCCAAAGGGUUCACAUACUUUUUCUUGCAACUGUAUGUUUAACAGUAUGUGUCACCCGUAAAUAUAGUGACAUUACAAAGGAACAGUGUUUUCACCAUAUAAUGCUCCUGGUCUUUUAAAAUCAAGUCAUAUGCCUUGACUGAUGUAUGUCUAUGCAGAGCAAUUCAUAGAAACGUACUGGAUACCGCACUCACCAAAUAACCUAGAUGCUCUGAAGCCAGUACUGGCCAGUCCUCCCUUCCAAGAUAUGCAGAAAAAAUAAUGGUUCAAGUACUCUGGCAUAACAGAAAUAGCAGCUUUAUUGGGGCAAAAACAGCAACGUUUCGACCCUACCGGAUCUUUAUCAAGCUUGUGUCUCAUGUUAUAAAAUGUAAUAUUUAGUGCCAUAUAAUUAGCAAAUGCAGAAUUUUUAACGUCUACUGUAGAGAUUAGGAGGGAACUGCGUAACACUAUUUAUUCCCUGGUUUUCCCCCGCUAGACGGUAAUAAACACUUUCUGAGACUACAUGAUUUAAUAAUACUCCUGUCUCAUCUAGGUGUAACGAUAAAAGGACAGGUUUUCAACUGCAAGCUCUAAAACAGUUUUGUUAAAAUAAAACUAAAUACGCAUUUUUUUUUUUUUUUAUAGAACGACAAUUAGCCACUAAGGUCUGUCUAUAAACAUUUUUUAUGUAUAUACAUACGGUUUUCAAAUGUAGAAUUUCUAUGGAAAUAAACUGCUAAAAUCCCAUUAUCUCACACCCAUGCUGCAAUCAACUGUUUCUUGCAAGUAGACAAGAUUUUCUUGCAGACACGAAGUGCAGGAGUCGACCAUCCAAAUCUUUCAAUAAAAUUGAGCCACCACAGCCUCGGUGGCUUGAACUACAUGUUGUAUGGUUCUCGCCUCGCGGCGUUUGGAUGGGAUGGUUUUGGUUACUUGGUUUCUUCUUGGUUGGUUUUCUUUUUAACCUAUUACCCUUCUUUUACCUUUACCUCAACAUUACUUUGUAACAAUCUUUCAGGCAUGAGUUGUUAAAGGGAUACUAUAGGCAUCAAAACUAUUUUAGCUGAAAGGGUUACCCCAAUCUCCAUGACCACUUAUAUUAAGUGGUCAUGGUGGUAGGAGUAUGUAUGUGCAGUAUUUCUGCUUGAAACACAGCACAUGAAGAGUUAUUAUUAAUUGUGUGCUGGGGCUAGUUGAACCCCCAGCACUCGUGACUUAGGCAGCCCACAACUCUGUUCUUACAGUAUCCCUUUAAUCCAAAAUGUUUUGGUCUUUGGUCACUUUUUUUUUUUUUUUAAUGGCCGAUUGUACGUGAACCCGAUAUUAAUUAACAAAAAAUUAACAAAGAGCCCUAAAUACUUUGUGUUUGACAGUACUUAUAGCAGUCGUGUCAUUUAUCGUGAUGCUAACUGCUGAAAGUUUGUGUUGAAGGGAAUAUUUAACCCACCCUGAUAUUUAAAAUUGGUUGAUAUAUGACCUAGAAGACUGUUCUUUUAUUUAUUUUUUCCUUGGCUAAAAAGUCCACUUUUUAGCCAAAUUCUGUAUGUUUAUGUGCGGACAGUUUUUGUUAGCAACUAAUUUCCACCAUUGUGACGUUCUCGACAUACAGUUUUUUGUUGAGACGGACUCGCAUAUGCUAAUUCAUUUCUUUGUUCAUUAUUUACGCAGUACCUUUGCCAUUUGUUGGUGACGUUUAAAGAAACCAACGCAAACAAUGAGUUUGGCCUUUAGUAGGGCUCCUAUGAGUGACGAGUGCCAUCAAACUGUGACAAUACUAUUGACCACAGGGCUGUCAAAUUUAGAAACUAGGUCACGCAUUCCAUCAUCUCCACAGCCUGAAACUUGAUGUCUGCAUUAUUUGCUUGACGUCAGUUCCCUUUUGUGCCGGGAAUGAUAAUAGGGCUGGGCGUGGAGCACCCAGAGGCCAUUUCUAGUCUUUUGGUAAAAGAGCUUUGCACACCAUGCAAUGAAGAUGUUUUUUUGUCCGUUUCCCCCCCUCCCCCCCAUUUAGAGUCUGAGCUUCUUAGCACUACACUGGUAAAAAAUAAAAUAAAAAUAAAACUGUGUUCCCUUUAAGACCCCAUAUGCCCAUGUCAUUGAUUUGAAUAGACAAAAUAUUUUGCAACCCAAAUAGCAGUACAUUCAGAUGGAUACGUACUACAAAUAAUACUUUAUUGUCCCUUCAUUAAAAAAAAUACUAUUUCUCCUGAAAAAAAAACAAAAAAAAACUCUUUAUUUGUUAUUUUUGUUAUUCGCAUCCCUCAAUCCAAAUAUUUGCUUGCAUCGUAGUAGUUCUCGGUACCAACUAUUAAUAUCCCUUUUACUAAUUUUAAUCCUACAAAACGAAUCAACAAUGUUUGAUCUGUUUUCUCAGUUACCGAAAUGUGGAUUUUAUAGAAAUCUCAGACAUAAAGGUUUAGCUGCACUAAAGGUCAAAGUGUAUUUUUUUUUUUUCCCUAUAAAGCAGUCUGACAAUUUUUAAAGUUUGCAAAAUAAUAAAAAAUAGUCUUAAGGCAAAACUUGCGAACAUUUUCACAUGCUUACUGUGUCAAAAGUAAAUCUAGUUUUAGAGACUGCCUCUAGUGGCUGUCAAUCAGAUAGCCAUUAGAGGCACUUCCUACUUACUUGGCGACUUUUGGUAGUCUAACUGACGCUGGACGUCCUCACGCACUGCUUGCAGGGGUGGGAACCAGAGGGACACGAUAGUUAGAAAUACACUUUUGUAUUCCUAACCUUAUAGUGUUCCUUUAAUUUUGCACUUUAAUUAAUGGUAUUUGCUGUUGCUCCAGAUUACUGUCUUAAACUUUGUUAAAGGAACACUAUAGGGUCAGGAACACAAACAUGUAGACCCUAUAGUGCUAAACCCACCAUUAAGGUGGCUGCCCCUCCCCCCCUUCCUUAGCCCCCUUAAAAGUUAAUAAAACUCACCUUAUUUCCAGCGCUGCGCAGGUCUGCCAGGAUUGGCCCUGCGCCCAUGGUGACAUCAUCAGAAUUGCUGAAUUUUAGCCAAUCCAAUGCUUUCCCCAUAGGAAAGCAUUGAAUUGGUUAAAAUCGGCAAGGGGGCAGGGCCAAACGCCAAUCAGCACCUCCUCCAUAGAGAUGCAUUGAAUCACUGCAUCUCUAUGAGGAAAAUUCUGCGUCCCCAUGCAGAGCUUGGAGACACUGAACGGCAGUGCUGCCUACUGUGCAGCCCUGAGCCAGGAAGCACCUCCAGUGGCCACUCAGAGGUGUCCCUAGGGGCAAUGUAAACACUGUCUUUGCAUGAAAAUGCCUGAAGGCAAUGAUUGUACUCGCCUGAACAACUGCAUUAAGCUGUAGUUGUUCUGGUGACUAUAGUAGUGCCCCUUUAAUGUCUCUCUUUAUUGACUUUAUUGACUUUAUUUUUUUUUUACUCAUUCACAGAAUCUGAACGUGUUCUGUUAAUGUGCAACUUGCAUUUCUCAGAAUAGUUUUACCUUAUAUUUAACAAAUGUGUGUUUUGAGGAUUGUAAAAUAAUCUGAAAUGUAGAAAACUAUAAUGUCAGUCAUUUUUUACAAGCUUUUAUGGCAAUGAACAUCCCACCUAAGAGGUUUACCUUGAUGUGGCAGGUGGACUUACAUCUAAUGGCCAUUGGAGUUACUAAAUGACCGCCAUUUAUUUAUAUAUGCUUGGGGAUUUUGGCUAGUGCGCAGGUAACUCUUAUUUUCUUUGCUUGUUUUGGAUGUAUUUGGGCUGAUACGUGUUAUUGUCGUUGCUGCCACCCAGGAUUAGUGUGAGUUUUAGAGCAGGGCUUAUUUUUGUGUAAUAGUAAGUGAAGUAGAAGAAACUGAAACAAUGCAAUAUAUGCCCUGGUUGUGCCAGGACCAAGCUGAACGAUGUGAUCAAUCACAAAAUCUUUACUACACAUUUUAAAAAGAAAACAGAGCAUCGCGUAGAAAAAAAAUAAAAAGUUUAGCGCAAGUUAUAGGGGACUUUCAAUGUCUCUUUAAUUUGUGGGGUAAAUGUUAAAAAAAAAAUUGAUGCCAGAAAUUCCACCUUUUGUCAAGUUCUGUCAGGCGUAGAGAAGUCUUGUCUUAAGAUUUUGUUUGACUGCAUUGGAACACAGUUAAUGUAUUUCAUAAAGAGUUUAUGUUUAUGAAAAUGUAUUUAUUUUAGUUAUUUUUUUAGAGGAGGGACAGUGCUGCUUUAAAGAAACACUCCAAGCGCCAUAACCACUACAGCUUGCUCAGUCAGCCAAAAACUCUUCAACAAUAACUAGAGUCAACACUGAUUAGGAACUUCUGGACCUCCAGCAUUAGUAGUGGAGUCGGGGAGUGACCAAAAUAGUGUUCCAAAAACUAGGGCACUCCUAGCACCAUAACUACUACAGCAAGCUAUCAUUUCUAUUAUCCUUGUCUGAAAUUACCAGUAUAACCGAACAGCCUCAUCUUUACAUCAUCCAGCUGUUUAUAGCUUUUCUGACCUUUAAGAUGAUUGGUUAUCAUUAUCACAAAUACCAGGAAAAAAGCAAAAGAAUGCAUUGUCUUUUUUGCUGGUGGUGAAGGAAAACAUUUACUGUGUAAAUAAUAGCUUCAGAUUGAUUCUUUAUUUUUGCUGUGCAAAAGGAAGUACAAACAUGUCUGCGAUGCCACGAUCGCAAUAACAGACAUUUUAACGCUUACAUUGUCAAGACAUAAGAUUAAGUUCCACACUUUUUCAAAUUAAUAAACAGGAUAAUGCUAGUUAUAUCAGCAGAUUAGUAAAUAUGAGACUAAUAACAGGUUGUGUAGACUGACAUUUUGCUUCAGUAGAGUAACAAGUGUGAGAUGCAAUUAUAGUGAUGCAUUUUAAAAAAAAUUGAAGAGUACAAAUUAAACAUACUAGUUUUGCAUUGCUUGAGGUACAAGAAAAGGUAUGUUAUUAUUAUAUCAGGAGAAAACGCAAAGUAAGGAAAAUAAAAUAGAAACGGGUAACAGGAGUCCACCGCAUGGGUAGUUAAACUAGGAGAAAGCCUAUACAGGUAUGGUUGCCAGGGUGUACUUCAGGCUUCAUCCGAUGCCCAACUUGCUAGGAGACUGUUUUGCUCUGUGAGGAGGAUUCCAUAUGGGUUAGUGUAAGUGGCACGGGGGCAUCAAGGAGAGGCCUGCAGUCGGGUGCCAAUUCUCCCUUCUGGUGCAACAGCCGCCAUGUUGAGGUGUAAUGCCCCAGGCCUACGAAUUGUAGCUAGAGUCAGGACUGCCGCAGGCUCCAUUCCAGGUCCUCUAGAUCCCGAGGGGUGUGUGAUGCUGUGCUGCCUUGGCAUCCGCUGAGUGGGUUCAGACUGACCAGGUGGUCUUGAGGUUGAUGCAGAUUGGAGCAGAUAGGAGGGCUGAGUUGGGGUGUAGGAGAUCUGUGGUCGGGUUGUCAGGGCAGACUGCCUCCUUGCCUCUAUAGUAGCCCAGAAUUUCGCGAAGAUGUGAUCCAGUUUUGCCAGGGUUGUGGCAUUAUGGGUCUCUGCAUCGCAUCUGAUAGCGGUCUCAGCCAUUUUAGAAGCCUCGUGGCUUCUAUUGGAAGUAGCAGCGAGGGAUCUCCUGGUACCGGGAUGACCCCCACUGGUCCAAAAGGGUGGGGGGGGGAGCUGAAGUCUGCGAUGUGAAGUAGGACGUGGUUUCCGGAGAGCGGAUGUCCCUCCGACGCCUGUCCAGUAUGUCGGCCGCAAAUGGUGAGAUGUUAGUUUCCUGGAACAGUACAGCACCGAGUUUGGUACUGUAGAAAUCAGCAGGAUCUCCACUGUGCGGUGAGUCGUGUUUUGUGUUGAUAUUAGCAGGUUGGCAGGUAUAUAAAGUAGAUUAGGCAGUUUGUGCUCAGGAGCUUGUCAAACCUUGUCUGCUCUGCUUGCCAGUCAGGUUUCACCCACCAGAUUGAUUCUUUAUAACGCAGCAACUGCUAAAUACGAGGAACAAUGAAUUUCACGCACAUGUGUUUUUAUUUCAACUUUAUUUACUGGUAUUUUCUCUGCAUUCCAGUGUACCAUGUAUCCAGAAGGUCUGCUCAGCGCUGGAUCGUUCAAGCCGUCACCUUCACAGCUCCAGACGCCCAGGUGGCAAACAGCUGGGUGCAGACUCUGCAGGAACAGAUACAUCCAAGUGGUGAGGGGCUCAAUCACUGAGCCUUAAAAAAUAUACACACACUCAGCCAGUACCCUCAGCUGUGGAGAUGGUACACAAAAUUAUAUUAUUUAUUAAAGUGGACUACAACCAUCACCAGCCCGUAAUUUGCACUAUUAAAGAGUUAUUUUGCAUUGUGCUAGCCAUUUCAUUUUAAAUUUGUUUUAUCUAGUCAUAUAAUUAUUGCUUGCUAAAUAAAGAAAAUAAAUAUCUAGGACAAUGUAAGACUCGUUUUCAUGGGUCUUUAAAAGGAGCCCAAACUAUUUUACUGUGUAGGUUCCACUUCCUACAUUUUGGUACUGAUUAUUUCACAGAAGGCACUGUUUGCCAAUGUCCAACUUGUACAUCUCCCUCUUGGAGUACUGGUUGUAUUCUGAUCCACACAUUACCCUAUAGUCUGACUCACUCGAGGGAAAGAAGUUCACCAAUAGUUUUGCCAUUCAAGUCAUGGAAAAGCAGUCAGUGUGAUUAAAACCAAGUUCCCCUGAUUCUAAAUAGUGUUUAAAUAGUAUGUUCUCUCAGUUGGCCAAGUGGAACAGAGCUAUGCCAAGUCUUGGUAAAAAAAACACAAAAUACAACCAUCACCUUGGAUGAUGCUCUAAAUCUUAUUGACCCAAGUCGGCAGCAAACCUAGUCUAUACCCAGGUUCAGGACCAAUGGAAGAUUGCUUCUGAAUCUGGGGAAACUUGCUACUGGCUUGGUUGCUAUAAUUCCUUAAUGCACUUUUAUGUCCAUGGAAGGUCAGUGAUGGAAUCCUGAGCAUGUCCACAGCAAUCCAGGCUAGAUCCCGAACCAGGCUUUUAAUGAAUCGCCCUCACAUUAGAAACUAUUCCUCUUUCUGGAAAUCCAGUCUUUUCUCACUGUUUUGAAAAUAGACGUACUCCUUAAUAAGUCAUCUCACCAUUUCAGAGUAGUCUCACUCACAGGCAAGCAGUGUUACUCAUUGAAAAGGAAUCAUCAGUUGGUCAAGAGCAGCCCGAUUGGUCAUUAAAUGUACGUAGUCAAUAUGAAGCUGUCUCAGUCACUGGGAUUUGGUCUCCCCAACGUGGAAGCAGGUAUUACUCAUUGAUAAGGGAGUGUGACUUGUUUUUGGGUAAGCAGGUAUGGCUCGUUCUUUGGAGAGUAUUCACAUUCUCUGGGGUGAGGUCUUACUUGUAAUUAAUCUAAUUAACUAUGAAGCUGUCUUUGCCCAUAGAAUAAGCUCUAGGUCUCUCUCAAUAAGACAUCAGUCUCGCUCAUUGAGAAAGAGCUGUAUGUCGCUAACCGAUACAGGAUAAAUCGCCCCAGGUGUGUCCUGUUAUGCUCUGUUAUUUUUUUUUUUUCUUUUUUGUUUUUUCUUCCUCAGAAAGCGGACUACGUUUUGGCCACUCCUGGCAGUAGCAAUGUUCUACCAACUUUGACUCGGGUUUUCCUUCCUAACUAGCUAUCUAGCUAGUUGGUACACAGUCCAUAAAAAUGCAAUUGAGUAAGGAACUUCAAUAGUGAACCACUAUGAAUGGGCCUUUUUUAUAGACCAAAAACUCUGUUAAAGUAGAGACAAAUUAAGCCAGUCUAGAUGAAUACAACUUUUUACUAGAAAUAGAAAACUUCAAGCACCAUGACCACGUCAGUGAUUUGAAGUGGUCAUGGUGCCUGCAGUCUUUACUUGCAGCAUUUUGCUAUGAAACUCUGCACAUAUAGAGAUUGACCUCUGUGCUGCUGUUGGUGUAACCCUACCUCUGGCAACAUCAUCGGGGCAUCACUAGCGUUCCGGGCUGGAUAAUAUCAAUUCUGUGUAAAAUUGGGGUCUGACACCAGCACACUGACAAUAGUGGCACAGCCCCUCCCUGCGGCCCCCCGUGCUCCCCUUAAUCCACCAUCCAUUACCUUCCUCCUCCUCCGGCGAGGAGUAGUGAUAUCAGUGGAGGGAGAGCAGACUGAGAGAGAGAACUUGGCCUAGGCACUUCAUUUUACUGGGGGUGGGAGGGACAAGGUUGGAAAUGGAGCAAUCACUAUGAAAACCAUUCGGAAUUUUCCUUGCUGAUUUCCCAUAAUUUCUACAGCAAGUAAGUAGAUGACAAUAUUAUGGGAUGGGGGCACAGUUGGAGAAUAUCUUUCACAAUUGAUGUUUUAUAAAUGUAGAUAACGUCCACACACAUCUCAUUCUUGGACUAACUGCAGUAAAAACACAAGGCCGGUUUGUACACACUGGCCUCUUGCCCGCUUUGUUCUAACUCAGACACCCUCCUGUACUCAUUGUCUUUUCUUCCUCUAUAGGGAACACAAGACCACAAAGGCUGCUGGUGUUUAUCAACCCCUAUGGUGGCAGAGGAAAAGCUUCAAAGGUUUUCAGAAAAAAAAUAUCUCCUCUCUUCCAGCUGGCCGGAAUUGAGACGGAAGUGAUCGGUAUGUAAUCUAUAAUUCUGUAACCUGUAAACCUAACAUGGAACAUUAUUCCCACUGUUAGUCUGUGAUCCCCACAUUCUGCCUUGUGCUUUUAACAUUAACCCCUUAAGGACCAAACUUCUGGAAUAAAAGGGAAUCUUGACAUGUCACACGUCAUUUGUCCUUAAGGGGUUAAACACACUGUCUGUCUCCGAGUACUCUUUGCAAGUGCAUGCGCACAGUGGGUGCUUUACUGUUGACCAUUGUGUUACCGGUUGAAGCGAAGACUUCAAAUGUGGCCAGUGAUGUAAAACAAGAAUGCAAACUAUCCGAGGGAGAACAGUGGAUGUGGGAACAUACAAGCACUUUGCAAUAGAUGAGAUCUGUAACUUGCAGUAUUUAUGUAACUUUAUUAUUUAUAGUCUAUGAUUAAGCACUUGGUAGCAGGAAAUGUAAUAACUGUGCGUCAUUCCUGUACCGUGCACAUAUUACGUCUGGAGUUACACUCAAUAAAGUUCUAUGCAAUAAUUAUAUUAUCUUUACCUAGAAUGAUCUGUAUGUUACCAGGAAUUAAUGUUUUCUCUGCACUUUGCUGUGUCUGUUUUUUUUUUUUUCUUUCAUUUUAUCAUUCGCUUUUUGCUUAUUCCAUUCAUAGGGUAAAUUUAUACGAGUGCACCUUAUAGUGUGUUCAUGAUCUUCUCUCGGUAUAAACGUGUGAUAUAAAGCAUGACCCCCUACUCUAUUUUUUUUUGUCUCGUUUUAAUUUUUGUAUUUUUUUUGCCUUGUGUGAUUGGCAUCUGUCGUAAAACCAUGUCAAGUUGUAAGCAUUCCAACGACAUGUAUUGUUCCCUUGUUUAUGAUGCUUGAUUUUAAAAUAAAGAAUAAAAAAAAACCAUGAGCACAGAUUUAGAUGAUUUUAUUUACUAAGCAGGGAGUUGUUGCCUUUUAACCAAAUUGUGGUACAUUAAGGAGAAAGCAACCAAAUCGUUUUUUUUCAGGCAAUAUUCCUGCAUCAUUUUCUUGUUUUGGUCCCACAUUUACAACAGUAUAUUUUGCAACUGACACUCUGCGUUGCACUGUGUAGAGAAUGAACCCCCAGAGAAUAUAAUUUUCUCAUAGAAAAUACUAACUAUAACAGCCAGCAGAAAUAAAACCAUGUGACUCUUGCAGAGGUCGGGCUUUUAAGCAUUGUCAAAAAGGAGGUGACACUAAAACUUAAAUAGACUACACAAAACAAACAAAGUAGGCUUAACCAAAGUCUGGAGGAGGUCCAGAGAUGGCAAAGGACAGGUGGAAAGACUUAAACCAGUAUUUAUUGAUAUGACACAUAAAAAGAACAAAUGAGAACUCACACCCAAAACAAUGUGACUACUUUAAUAACUAACCUGUUCACUGGGUGAUGCCGUAUAAACAAUCCCUAUUGAGUAUUUAAUUACUCCCAGGUCUCCAGGAGUAGACUAAAAUUAGCUGAGCUACCGAUACUAGAAUAAAGUAUUCUAAACAGCCCCUAUAUAUAUGGACUCUCUAUAUGGACUGCUUAGAAUAUACUAAUAUCUACUCCUUUAUUCUAGUAUUAAAUAUUAGAAUAAAGGAGAAUAUAUAUAGGCAAAAAGGUCUAGGGAAUGUAAGAAAAGGUAUCUUUUGAGGCAGGCUAAUUACCUCCAUCGAGAGGCAAACAACAAAGAGAGGUUACCUAAAAACAUUACCUCGGUACAUAGAAACCACAAUGUAAGUACCAUACAAAGUUAAAUGGCUAAUUUAGAAAGAGAGUAGCAAAAAGAAGUCAUGUAGGCAAAAAAAGAUAAGCUGAGAGGGAAAAACCUGACAAUCACCUUAGUUCAAUCAUGGUGACCCAACAAUAACCAGUAGGUAGAAACCCCUAAAUCAGCUAAUAUAGCAAUGCCCUAAUAAUACCGUGGCACACAAUAGAAAAUGUAUGUGUCUACAUUUCCCAAAUUCUAUCAAACCUCCGGGAGCAGAAUCAGAAGAGUGCCAAGUGCUACCCAUAGUGUAUAAAAGACAGACAAACAGACAAAGCCCAUCGCAUGUUUCAGUGUGGAACUGUUUCAGCCAGAGAUGAUACUGAUUACCCCUCUUAUCUUCUGUGUUAACAGAAGGGAUAUUUAUAAUGGGAUUUAUCAGACUAGAGUUCCAUCGAGUCCUUAAAGCGACUUUGUUAUCUCAACUAUUACAAUGUAUAAAUAACAUGUUUUCAUUUGGUCCCACCAAACUCCGAACCAAAAACAUUUUUAAUUCUUUCUUGUUCUGUACUUGUGGAUGGAAUCUACUAACACAAUUUAUAGAUUUCCCUUUUGGAUUAUUUUUUUUAUGCACACUAAAUACUGAAUUGUUUUAAUGGCAGUCUGAGGGCAUGAUUCAAUUAUUUAAGUACGUUUUGUCUGAAGAUCAAGUUCCAGCAAUUUCUAUCUUUAUAUUAUCCUUACAUUCACAGUCCAGGUAACUUUUACCUAAGUUACAUACGUUUAAAAUUAAACAAAUUCCUCCCCCCCUCGUGUAGCCUCAUGCUCUGUCUCCUUCUUUUAGAAACUACCCGGGCAAAUCAUGCCAGAGACUUCAUCCUGGAGGAAGAUCUGCAGAAAUAUGACGGGUAAAGACAGUUUCUUUCUGAAAACCAUCCUGAGCUUUAAUAGCCUUCUACACGAGAGACCUUCAAAUUACAAAUGAUUAUACUGCACUUAUAUUAUAUUUAUAUUGCCAACGUAAACCGGACAAGAGUAGAAUUGUUGUAACCCCAAUCCUAAGAAACCUGCUUAUGGUGCUCUCAUUAAAUAAAUAGGUCUUUCCUUUGCGGAACAAGGAUCCAUGAAGACCAAAUUGUUAUGAUGUCAUAGACCUAGGGAUAGGUCUUCGCACUCCAGAUGCUGUGGACUACAUCUCCCAUAAGGCUCCUACAGCCAUAAUGCUGGCAAAGCAUUAGAGGGAUGUAGGCCACAAGAUCUGGAGUUCCGAAGGUUGCUUAUCCAUGUUAUAGAAUGUCACUGCGGUUAAUGUGUUGCCACAGUGUAUCACUCCCAUACUAUGGGAAGCUAUAGAUCCCUUCCCUGACAGAUCCCCCACAGAGAUUAACCCUCAAUCUAUCGCUGCUGAUCAUACCUGUGUGUGUGUGUGUGUGUGUGUGUGUGUGUAUAUAUGUACAUAUAUAUAUAUAUAUAUAUAUAUAUAUAUAUAUAUAUAUAUAUAUAUAAAAAUAGUAGCAAAGAGAGCACUCCAAAGGACUUGUUGAAAAAUUAUUUUUAUCAAUGUGCAGAAAAAAUCGACGUUUCGACCCGCAGGUCUUUAUCAAGAUACAUAACGCAGUGAAGUGAUAACAUUUAUAGCAAUAAAUAAUUAGGGGGUAAUCACUUACCCUGAGAUAGGUGUGCAGCUACGGAACCAUGUGUACAAGCUGUGAAUAGAUGAAGAGUAGCAUGCGAGUUCCGUAACGGAGUGAUGACGUCAACCACGUGCGACGUCAACCACCAGGAAAAGGUGGUAAGAAAGCGUCCUGUUUCCAUAGAAACAAGUAAGUGAUCGUGUAUAGUGUGAAACAGGAAAGAUCUAAGCAAGUAGAAGAGAAAGAAAAUAAUAGCCAUGGUGUAUCUUAAAACGAGCAUAUAUAAAAUAUGAACAGAAAGUCCAGAGAAUAUAGACAUAUAGAAAGCAGUAAAGAGAAAGUAUUGAGUAAAAAAGAUAGAAAGAUAGUAAAGAAGAAAAAAGAAGUCGAUCCAAGAUUCUACUUCAGCGGGAGGUCUAUUGGAUUAAAACAUUGGACACUUUACAUCCCAAGGGCCUGAAUGAAUAUCUGUCUUUCCAUCCAUUUCUAGAUACACGCUAAUUUGAUGUGCUGUUUAUCUGUGUAAUUUUUGGUUCUGCUUCUUACUAUCUUCUCGGUCUCAUUUUCAAAGUUCUAAUCAUCUAUUCUUGUCAUUUCUCUGCAUAAGGGAUUUUCUUCUUUUAUUAGUAGUUCCAUGGUGUACUUAUUAUGCAUACUGUAUAUUGAUAGUACAAUGUAUAUAUAUACACAAUGCUUGUGAUUAUUCUAACAUAUGUAUUUACUGACGGUCCUUAUUUUCUUUGCUAUUCUACAUGCUUCAUUUUCUUUCUUUUCACUCUGUUUUAUGGGUUUACUACUUUGAUACAUAGUGGCUUUGUCCCACUUUUUUAGUUGUCACGGCAGUUUCUCUUCUUUUUUUCUUUCUUUCCUUAUCUUUUCUACUUUCUUCCUUCUCUCUAUUUCUUCUUUUUUCUUCUUUACUAUCUUUCUAUGGUUCGAUCUUUUUUACUCAAUACUUUCUCUUUACUGCUUUCUAUAUGUCUAUAUUCUCUGGACUUUCUGUUCAUAUUUUAUAUAUGCUCGUUUUAAGAUACACCAUGGCUAUUAUUUUCUUUCUCUUCUACUUGCUUAGAUCUUUCCUAUCUUGUUUAUUUCACUGUUUCACACUAUACACGAUCACUUACUUGUUUCUAUGGAAACCGGACGCUUUCUUACCACCUUUUCCUGGUCGCACGUGGUUGACGUCAUCACUCCGUUACGGAACUCGCACGCUACUCUUCAUCUAUUCACAGCUUGUACACAUGGUUCCGUAGCUGCACACCUAUCUCAGGGUAAGUGAUUACCCCCUAAUUAUUUAUUGCUAUAAAUGUUAUCACUUCACUGCGUUAUGUAUCUUGAUAAAGACCUGCGGGUCGAAACGUCGAUUUUUUUUCUGCACAUUGAUAAAAAUAAUUUUUCAACAAGUCCUUUGGAGUGCUCUCUUUGCUACUAUUUUUCUAUCUAUUUACGCUUUGCAGCACCGAGGCUUUUUCUGGGAUCAUCAUUUUUUAAAGGUAGAGUGCCGGAUUUUGUAUAUAUUUAUAUAUAUAUAUAUAUAUAUAUAUAUAUAUAUAUAUAAAUUCUAACCUAUUUCCUUGCAGUGUGGUGUGCGUUGGGGGUGACGGAAUGUUCAGCGAGCUGUUACAUGGACUAGUGACACGGACGCAGAGGGACAGCGGCAUCUGUGAGAAGGAUGAGAACUCUGUACUUACAACCUGCAGACUGCGCAUAGGCAUUAUACCGGCAGGUAAGCGUUAAAGCGGUUCUUCACCAAAAAUGAUAUAAUUUGCUACUUUAUGGUUCACUGUGUCUGAAUUUCCUCCUAAAUUCUGUAGUUUACAUAAAAGUAAAAAAGAAAUGUAGGGACUGGUAUGAACAGUUAAAUUGAGGUUAUUCCACAGCAUCUCUAUGGGGUUAAGGACUGGGCUCCGACUGGGCCACUCCAAAAGGUGAAUUUUUUUUUUUUUAAGCCAUUCUGUAGUGGGUUUCCUUGGAUGUUUAGGAUCAUUGUCCUGCUGCAUUGCUCAACUUCUACUGAGCCUCAUCUGUCGCACAGCCACCCUGAUAUUAUCCUGUAGGAUAUAUUGAUAAACGUGGGAGAUUAAUUUUUCCCGCAAUGAGGACAAGCUGUCCAGGCCCCAAAGCAGCAAAACAACCUCAAAUCAUGAUGCUCCCUCCACCAUACUUAACUGUUGGGAAGAUGUGUUCAUUUGGUAUGAGGUGCCCAUUUUACAGUAUAUGUAGUGCGGCAUGGUCAUUCAAAACAACUCAACCUUUGUUUCAUCACUCCACAAAACAUUUUCCCAGUAGUGUUGUGAAGUGUGACACCGCCUGCAGGGUCCACUCCUGCGAGAGAGCGGUAUGGGUCCCGGCGGGUGUGCAUCGUUGCAGCGGCAUUCCCACACAUCAAGGGGAAUGCUACCGAAUAUUUACCUGACUUGCAGGCACCCGCAUCUCGUUCUGGCGGUAUUCCCACGUGGUAAUGGGAAUGCCACCCAUCACUCACCUCAGGCCUCUAACAGGAACUCCUCUCCCUCACACAGCUGUAAUCAUUAGAGACUCCGGCCUCUGCAGAUUAGGUCCUUUUAAGGUUUUGUAUCAACCCUUAGUGCCAUUCCAUUUGGAACGUGUGGGUGAUGUCACACACACACGUUCACUAUCACAUGCUUCCCUGUAGCCAAUCAGGGAGCACCUUAGGCUAUAUAUACCUUUUUUUUAUCCAUUUGUCUGUGCCCUGUCGUGGUUUCCAUUGUGGUUAUCCGAGAGCAUGUUUCUGGUAUUGAUUCUUGUGUGUUUUGACCUUGGCUUUCCUUCUGACUAUCCGAUCUCUGUACUCCUUGACCUUUGGCUUGGCUCCUGACUACCCUGACCUCGAUAUUCCUCAACCUUUGGCUUGUUCUUUGUUUCCGUGAUUUCUGAGUUCUUGUCCAUAGCUUGUCUUGUGGUUUUUUCCUUUUGUACGUUAAAUCCGGCCAUUCUAAGGCCCGGUAAUACGUCGUAGGGUUUUCUUUUAUAUAUUUUUUUUACUUAAGUUCUGCGUGUUAGGCAUUAGCUAUUACUGACACUUCCGAUGCACAGCAGUAUUUUUUUAGUUUUUUUUGUAAGCAACUGCUUUCUUCGUGAUGUCCUGCCAUAAACACCAUGCCUCUUCAAUGUUUUCCAUAUGAUACUUAUGAACAGAGAUAUUAACUAGUUCCCAUCCGUCGUACAGAUGGAUAUCUAAGCUUUUUGAGAUAACUUGGAACCCUUUAUACAAUGCAACGAUUUUUGAUUGCAAGUAUUCUGAGAGCUCUUUUUUGCAAGGUCUGUCCCUUUCAGGUGUCGCCAUCUUCCUCCAUCUGCUCCUCUUCAGAAGUGCCAGGAGCUGACGUCACUGCCGUACACUUGCGCAUGCACUAGGGUACAGCAUUGAGGUCUAUGCAGGAUACCGCAAGACAGUGGAACCCUCCAUAGCCAGAGCCAAUUGCCUGCAGUCAUCACUGGUGAUGGCUGUCAGGAUUGAGUUUGUAGCUCUGCCCAAAGUGUGAGAAAAUCAGGUGGAGGAGAAAUACAGAGACAAAAUAGUCCAUACUUUGUCUCUGAAUUUUGUCUCUGUGAAAUUACAACAGUCAAAAUCAGUAUUUCAUAGUGAUAGUGACGUUUUUGUACGUAAAUGCAUAAAUAAAUACAUAAAUGAUCAUAUCUAAAGGGUUCGCAUAUGUUUUCUUGCCACUGUAAAUGACAAAAUUACAAUAUGAAUGUAACUCCUAUUCUAUGUUCCACUGUGUGCAGGUUCCACGGACUGUGUGUGUUUUGCCACCGUUGGAAUCAAUGACCCUGUGACAUCAGCGUUGCAUAUUAUUAUAGGUAUGCCUUAUAGCAAGAUUUAUGUAUCAUGUAGAAAGUAUGUGGAAUAACUGGUCGUUCAUAAAGAGUUACUGUUCACUGCUCGAAGAGAACAACUUAUUUAAUUUACAUUCUUAAACACACAAUAAUUACACCUGUUUCAGUUACCAUUUUGUGUUUUUGGAAUACACAGUGCUUUACAAUGAGAUACACAAAUAUUAUCUAAUAUGUGUGAAAACACGUGUUAACUCGUAGGGGACACACAGCCUAUGGAUGUCUGCGCGUCUUACCACGCGGAGCAGCUCAAAAGAUUCUCUGUGUCACUGAUUGGUUAUGGCUUCUUCGGGGAUGUCCUAAGGGAGAGCGAGAAGUUGCGUUGGAUGGGUCCUUUCCGAUACGACGUGUCAGGUACCAAAGCCGGAGCAAUAUGCAUGCAAAGCUAGGUUCUUCUCUCUACCACUGAGUUUUAAGGGUACCAGUGGAGACAAAUUAUAGUUCUGCCUGCUUCCAUUCAAUCCCUUCUUAUUUUCAACCAUUCAUGCAUGACAACCCUCUUUCCAAAAAUGUUUUCAAUAACAACGCCUAUUGACUACAUAUUUAUAUCUGCUGAGUUGUCUGAGUAGGGGAGACUAUCAUCUUUCUGUCUUGGGGUGUCAGAAAUUUAAAUGUGUUCCUUUAUUUCUCUAUCCACUUUUUAAUCUAGUCUGUUGUCAGUCAAAUGUCUGUCUAUCUAUGGAUAGCUGUCUACCUGUCUCUCUACCCAUAGUUAUCGUUUUAUCUAUAUUCUUUCUGUCUUGAUUCAUCUGUCUGUCUCUGUUUUAUUUUCUUCAUAUAUCUAUUAUUCUCAUCUUCAUGUAUCUAUGUCUUUUUGUCUGUAUGUUUGAAUUAUUUCUUUGUAUAUUUUUCCUUUCUCUAUUCUUUCUUUCUCUCUCUCUCUAUUCUCCUGUUACCAGUCUCUACUUAUCUAAUCUGUUUUAUCUUUCUCUACCUCUCUUCACUACGUGACGAGUUCGGUUAGAACCAGCUAACCCACCUAUUAUGUUAUGAAACGUCUGAUCACUUCUGCUUAUCUUUUAUCUAGGAUAGCCUUAUGCCUGUUUCAAUACUUACUUCCUGUUUCCACUGAAAGAGUGUUCCAGGCACCUCUCUACUGUCCGUGUAUUACAGUAUAUUUAAGAUUACUUCCCACCCUCUACCUUCAAAUCAACUCACCUUCAUCCACUAGCUCCUUCUUCUGUUGUUAAAUUAAAUAAUGAUCAUUUUAAGAGCUUUAUUAAAUCAAUAAUUGCAGCUGAUAAUUUGAGUGGAUUUUUUUCCUUAGGAUUUAAGAUGGUUCUCCUUAACCGGGCCUAUAGAGGGACUGUAGAAUUUCUCGAAGCAGAUGACUGUUAUUCCAACCCAAGAGACAAUACUCGCUGCAGGACAGGGUAAAACUCUCAAUCCCCUUCACUGUCUAUGCUUUUACCACUUUUCCUAACACUUGCAAAGAGUAGCAUACCAAUAGCAAACUUAGAUAUGCUUGAUUUUUCAGGAUGCCUGUGAGGCUCUUCUUUCUUCAUUCUUUCUUCAUUCUUUCUGUAUUAUUAAGUGCCUGUAAUGGUAUUUAUUAAUUAAUGACUUUUUGUCAUAAAAAAAAAGCAUAAUGAGCUUAAUGCUUUAGACGCACCACUAGAUGUCAGUAAAGCAUAUUUAGUGUAAUGCUUUGGGGGCACCACUAGGGGGAGUGUGUAGGAAGACCUGUGCUUCUGGCAGUGACAUCACAGGCCAGCCUACUUACACUGAAUAAAACCCAGAUGUGAGGAGAAGCGAGCUCUCUGUUUGCCUGUACCUGACUGAUCAUGUAGCACCAGCUCUGACUUAGCCCCAGCCCUUUGGCUGGGGCCUUGUAAGUAAUAUGUUUGUAUUGUAACAGUUAGCAAUUGUAAUAGCCUUAGCAACCAAUAGUGUUUUGUGUAGUAUUGUAUUGUAUAAUUAUUGAAAUUGACAUUCCGCUAGCAUCUGUUUAUUUAUUAUAGUUAUAUUAAAUAUACAUUUAAUAUUACAACGUUUUGUGUAUUUUCUAUCCACAUAUUAGACCAUAAUACCAUGAAUUAUAAAAAUAUUAAUGUUGUUCCGUAUUGCUUAAUUAUUAUGUAUUAAGAGAUUAAUAUUCAUAUUUAGGUCACGAACCACAACAGUGCCUAAAACUAAAUGGAAACCUCCUGCAGGGGAUUACUUAUAUUUUUGAAAGUGUAAAAUGACCACCUACAUUUCUUUUAACACUCGUUUCUAUAGCAAAGUAUAUGUAGGCACAUACAAGGCUGAUGCUACUAGCAACUCUGCACCACUUAUUUACCAAUCUGCUCUACAGGAUCUCUCAUAAAACAUAUUGAGAACCUGCACAGGUUGCUUAGAACUCGCAAGACAUGUGUACGUGCAGUAACAUGGGAAGCCUAUGGUCUGUGGUCAUAUACUGCAUAUAUCUGAAAAUCAGAGCAGCUAUAAUGAAUGGGGUCGAACGUUAGUUGGGAGCUGUUCGUGGAAAACCUAGACUAAAGGAAAAUAGAUGCUCAGCUAGGGCUUUUUCCGCAGGCGAUCUGCUGACAAAGACAUGCACAUUGUUGCCCCGAAAAUGUAAAUCAUGUAACUUGUCCCUAUGGCUUUUUAACAUAUGUAUUCUAUAAUCUCGCUGUCUUUGCUCUGCCCAAUACCCAUGUCUUUCAUUUGAGUGACUUUUUAAAUGUUUCUUCUUUUUUUAAUCCAUUUUUUUAGGUGCCUUGUGUGUUCGGAAUCAUCAGAAAAACUGAGAGAAGUGAUGGAAGCAGAAAAUCAUUGUGAGUAUUGAAUUAUUUUACCUAUUUUUAUAGCACCAAUUCAUCCAAUACACGGUUUGUGUAAGCCUGGCUGUAUAGCAUUGUCAUUUUUAAAUAUGUUUAUAUUAAAUCCCACACUUUUAUAGCUCUUUCACCACCCCCAACCCAUAUUUCUGGGAGGCUCGGUACGCUUAUUUACAUUUAAGUAGAGUUGUGAUGACAUUGGACUUUACUACUGCACUAGGCCUUCCAUUUAAAAAGAUAAUAUCGCAAACACUAGUUUGCAGACCCCCACUGUGAGUAACAUUGCCACAGAGCAUUGUUGGCUAAGCUUGGCCAGGUAAAUGGUUGUGAACUACAUCUCCCAUGAUCCUUAGCCAUCCUUUAAGGAAUUGAAUUGUAUUUCUUAAUCAUUUAUAAUAACCGGUGAAGUCACUGCUGCCCUAGAACCAGUUGAAUGCUAAUUGGUAUGUCUCGUGUUGUUUGAUUUAAUGCAUGGACACUCUCUUUCUGCUAUUAGGUUGUACCUCUAAUAAGUGGAAAAAAGUGAGUGGCUCCUUCGUGGCUAUUAAUGUUACAGGCAUGUCCAGCGCUUGCCCUAAAAGUCAGGAUGGCCUGUCUCCGACAGCACAUCUAGCAGAUGGCACUGCUGACCUCAUCUUGGUGCAUGAGUGCAACAUGUUCCGCUUCCUGAGACAUCUCAAAAGACACACGAGUAGCAAAGACCAGGUAAGAUACCUAUACAGACUAAGACAGCAUUGCAUGUUGGACAGCUCACAGUUUGAAAGAGCAUACAAUCUAGUAUAUAUAGUAUAGGUAGGUCUUUAAUGGCAUGUCCACCUUGACUAGAUCAUUUUGGUAUUUAUUUAUUUAUGAAUUACCGAUUGCCCUGCGCAACAAUGAACAAUUUUUAAUCACAUAUUUACUAAGAAAAAGGCGAGUCCUAGAGUUACAUUUGGAGUGAUCGGCAGAGACUUUACUCGGAAUACUGCAAAUUUAGCAUUCUGUGCCAGAAUUGCUUCACUCUUUACUAGAUAAACAAUGACCGAUCCCUAUUUUAUUAAGGGUUUAUUCUUUAAAGGACCACUCCCGGCACCCAGACGACUUCAGCUUAAUGAAGUGGUCUGGGUGCCAGGUCCCUCUAGGAUUAACCCUUUUUUUUAAAUAUAAAAUAACAGUUUCAGAGAAACUGCUAUGUUUAUAAUUGGGUUAAUCCAGCCUCUAAAGCCUCUAGUGGCUGUCUCAUUGACAGCCGCUAGAGGUGUUUGCGUGCUUCUCAAUGUGAAAAUCACAGUGAGAAGACGCCAGCGUCCAUAGGAAAGCAUUAUGAAUGCUUUCCUAUGAGACUGGCUGAAUGCACGCGCAGCUCCUGCCGCGCAUGUGCAUUCAGCCGAAGAGGAGGAUCAGAGGCGGAGAGCUUUCCGCCCGGUGCAGGAGAAAGGCAAGUGUUUAACCCCUUCCUCUCCCCAGAGCCUGGCGGGAGGGGGCACCCUCAGGGCACUAUAGUGCCAGGAAAACGAGUAUGUUUUCCUGGCACUAUAGUGGUCCUUUAACUCACUCCAGUAAAUAAUGUUGCAAUCAAUAUAAGAGUCUGUUGCACUUCUAGGUGCUCAAUGCUGCCCCCUUCCUGUGAUGUACUGUACUCCAGAAAUCAUAUAUAUUUCCCAUUAUUCCAUAUGUGUAUCAAUGCAUUUACUGUCAGAGUACAGGUUGUGGCAGUAUAGUCUUGCAUAUAUAUUUGUUAGCUUUUAAAUGUGGCGUUGCCAAUAAGUGACAGUUAUGUUAGGUGUUAUUUUAGUUGUUAAGGUUUUUUUGUACAUUAAUGUCUCUGUGUACUCCAAUAGUUCGCUUUGCCCUACGUGGAAGUACACCGGAUCCACGCCAUGCGUUUCAUUCCUGACCACAAGGAAAAGGAUGUUACGGAGGAGGACAAUAUCAGGCGAAGAAAGAGCAUCUUUUCAACUCUAUGCAGUGGCGCUCCACAGACCAGCACAUGGAACUGUGAUGGAGAGAUCUUAGAAUGUGCACAAAUUAGCGUCAGGUGAGGAAUAAAAAUAUAUGUUUGAAAUGGUACCACGACGGGAAGUGUUAGUAUUAUUUAUUUCUACAACAACUGUGUUCAUAUGUUACUUUGCAAGCAAUUUUGUAUUUGCAUGUCACACUGACAGGCUAUUUAUUCAUAAGGAAACCAAGCACCAAAACACCUUAAAGGGACACUAUAGUCACCAGAACAACUAUAGCUUAAUGGUGUUGUUCUGGUGAGUAUAAUCAUUGCCUUCAGGCAUUUUAAUGCAAACACUGCCUUUUCAGAUAAAAGACAGUGUUUACAUUGCCCCUAGUGACACCUCCAAGUGGCCACUCCUCAGAUGGUCACUGGAGGUGCUUCCUGGGGCCAUUCAGCAUCUCCACGCACUGCAUGUGGACACUGAAUUUGCCUCAGAGAUGCAUUGAUUCAAUGCAUCUCUGAGGAGGUGCUGAUUGGCCAAGACAGUGUUUGCCCCGCCUCCUUUGCCGAUUUUAGCCAAUCCAAUGAUUUCCCCAUGUGAAAGCAUUGGAUUAGCUAACAAAUGUAAAUUCUGAUGUCACUAAAGAAGUGCGCUGGAAAAAAGGAGAGUUUUAAUUGCUUUUAAGGGAUCUGAGUGGGGGGGAAAGCAAACUUAAUAGUGUGUUUAGCACUAUAGGGUUAGAAAUACAUGAUUGUGUUCCUGACCCUAUAGUGUUCUUUGUUCCUUUAAAGGACCACUUUAGUGCCCUGAGGGUGCCCCCACCCUCAGGGACCCCCUCCCGCCGGGCUCUGGGGAGAGGAAGGGGUUAAACUUACCUCUUUUUUUCCAGCGCUGGGUGGGGAGCUCUACUCUUCGGCAGGGCAAGACUGGUGCCAAGCUGGAGUUCCUAUACUAGCUUAAGGACAUCAGUCCAUAUCACAAAUACCCAUCCUACUCUAAUAUGGUGAUCAUUAGAGGGAUCAGGCAAUCAAUGAUAUGGUCUUCCUCACUCUGUAUAAUAAACAUUAAAGAGAAUGUUGUGGGAGAUAAGAUACAUUUUCCAAUUCAAUAUUUGAAUAUUUUUCCCACAGGGUACACCACCAGCUCAUCCAGCUCUUUGCACGAGGUAUUGAAGGCACAUGCUGCAGCUGAAGAAGGAGCACCAAGCAUUGUAUUGCUUUAUUUUCUCCUAUUGCACUUGAAUUAAGGGCAUUAAUGCUAUUAAGACCUGGAACUCAGCAUAUCACUAGGUGAAGAAAAGCUCGGGUCAGAGGCUGCUGGACAGCAAUCCCAGGAGUAGCCAAACACUGCCACUUAAUAGACACAUACACAGGCUCUUAUGAUGACGUUGUUGAUGAAAUUCUUUCGCUUUCUGUAGGAGCAGGGAAAUAUUUCUACACGGCAAUUAAUUUUUAGAAGUGUGGUCAAAAGGUAGAUCCUUUGGCCAUUGCACCACUGUAUAUACCACAAUGCUUUUAUAGCCUUAAGGUUGCCAAAGCAUUAUUGGAAUUGUAGAACUAAAACUUAGUUUAUGAUUUCACCCCUUAACGGGGGUUGGUCUUAGACCAAAUCAGUACAAGCCUUUUCAUUAGGAGGUAAGAAUUUAAAAUAUUCAGUUGUUACAAAAAAAAUGAUAGGUGAUUUUUAAUAUCCUGUACUAGAAUGAGAAUUUUUAAUGAUAGUUUGGUUUGUGAUGAAGGGGUGUGUAGAUCACCCUCUGUUCAUCACUUCAAAUUAUUUUAAUAUUAGUCAAUAGAAAAAUGUAGUUAUAUAUUUGUGUAUAUAUAUAUAUAUUUAUGUAGGAAUGUUUCACUAGGAUGUGUUACACAAUGUAAAAUAGGAUAGUUUUCUUUUUAUUCGAAACCCCAGGAUUCCUUCCUGGAACGGUACAAUUUUACCAGCAGCAAAAGCACAAUGCCCUUAAUGAAACACAUUCACAUCCUUUUUAAUAAAUGUUCCCUCUUUAUUCCUGUGUUUUGUGACUUUUAUUGGACAGUGCGACUGGCUUUAAGUGGGGAAGAUUUAUUUAGGAGAAGCUUUAUAGUAGACUGGCGAGGAUUUCAGAGUAGGUCCUCAAAAGCUGUGCCAGAAUCUUUUGAGUUCCUCUUGUUAAUAUGUAAAUUGACCAGUGUACUGUACAUCGCUGUGAUAUGUGAAAAUCCAGUUUGUCCUGUAUUCAUUGAGGCCUAGACUUUGUUAGGCACAUGUAUUACCGCGGGUAGGAUAUUGAUUGCUUCUGCCUGGCUAAUUACAGGGAAGUGGUUUCAGCAUGUUGUCUUUCACACUUCAUGUGCUGCACAGGCUAUUACUAGGAGCACUGAGUGCAAUUAGAAGGACCAGUGGGUAUUGUACUGGACACUAUAGCCAGCUGUUUGUUCAAAAUGGGUCCUCUAAUGGAACAUUAGAUGUGACAUACUGGUUGUUCGUUUGUACACUAAGCAAUUAGAAAUAAUAAGCAAUAGCUGUGUGUGUGAAAUGGAAAUAAGCAUGGUAGGGAAAAGGGGUUAAAGAUAUAACCAAAGAAGAGUGCUUUUAGCUUGUUACUAGUUUCUAAAUACAUCUCGGGCCUUAGAAGUUCUUACCUAACUUAAAUGGUGUGUGGAAGGGUUAAACACCGAGUUGUGCCAGGAAUAGAACGUGUGAGGCACUGUAGAUGGAGGCAUAUCCACUCACUGAGCACUCUUCCCAUACCACCCUAGUUAUUUAACUGACAGUAUAGAUUCACUCAGGGGUUAAAAUAAAGGGAUGAAAGAAAUUUGUUUUGCAACAGGAGAGGUGGUUAAAAGAAAUUGCAAACUAAUCUGAAAACUGACUUACAGCAUUUAGCACAAAGUACGCAAGAUGGAGGGGGAUUAAUAAACAGCUGAAUUCGAUCCCCUCGUUUUGUUCACAAUGCAGUUUUAAUUCACUGUUUAGUAAAUAUACCGUAAAGAGUAGGAAUUCUAAAGUACAGUAUACUAAGAAACUAUUCCAUGGCUCAUCCACUGACCCAAACGGUUAUCAAAGCUAAAACAGAGCAGGACUUGCAAACUUCAUGUUCAGCUUCAGUGGAGACUUUACUUGGGGAAACAUAGCACUUAUUCGCACCAUGGCUCCCACAGUUUCAGGGGUUAGAUGUGAUGUUAAAAGCGUAAUACUUUAGUUCUUACAGCAAUAGAAGUGUAGGGAUUAAAAAGACUGGUAUAUUAUGAUGUGGACAGAACGGGAAGGAAGACCCUAGCAAAUAGAUAUCUGCCUUACCUGACCAACGUGUUCCAACUCUGAACUUCAACCUGCAAAUUCACACUCUGCUCCUGGUAUUUUCCUGAUUGCACACACUUAAUACAGUUUACAGCGGAGACAAGUUUGCCCUGACUGUAGACACAUUGAAAAUAAAAACACGCACACUAUAGCGAGGGAAAUAAUAAUAUUCAAAUAAAUCUAAAACAAACACAAUUGCAGAGUUCUCUAUUCUGCACUUUAAGUCUAUAAACCCAUGUAACCUUAUUGGCAAAAAAAAAUCUGCACAUUUCAUAGAAAUCUACAGCAGCGAGAUUUAGGGAGUUAAUUGGUGGAGAAAAUACGGCAGAACAAGUUGCAAAUUAAAGGGUUCUCUACAUGAAGCAGCGAUAUAUGGUGGAGCAGUGGUUCUUAAACUGUGUCAAGACGCCCAAUGGUGGUUGCGGGGGAGAUGAAAAAGCAUGUGCAGGAGGAAAAUGAAAAGCAAUUUAGCCCAAAUCUGUAAACACAAUGACAAUCUGAAUAAGAAAAAUAAAAAGUUUUUUAUGCCCUGUCUGUAAGGGCUUGUGGUAAAGAGAAUAUCCUCGAGGCCAACUGUGCUUCAAUAGUGGUCAACAGACCUAAAACAUUUGAGAAUCAAUCUCAAGGAACAGUAUUGUGAAAAAGCGGUGUUUAGUACGAUGCCAUCUUGGUGAAAAUUGAAUCUUGUGGACGGACCUAAUCUAAUAUAUGCUCCAAAUGUGAGAAUGGACAUGAUUAGACAUCGGAGCAAAAAAUAAAAAAAUACGAGCAUAUCUGAAAGCAGCGAGAUAAUGAUGGAAAGAGAUACGGUUUUGGUCCCCAGGACUUCCCACAGCUGUAGAUUAAGAAGAUGAGGAACCCAUUGAAGUUGAAUGGGACUAAAAAUGUAACUUCUGCAUGAUCACAGUUUGUUGGGGUUCACCCAUUUGUAUGUUCCUUCAUAGCGGAAGCCAGCUUUCUGCAUAAGCUCAUCGCUUUCAGGGGGGCCACGGCU